GCGACGUAUCCUGUUCCCAUCUCCUCCUCCGACUUCGCCUCCUCUUUCGCCUACAUGCCCUGACGAAGGCAGAGGAGGAGCCAAGCCAUAUAGCGCUCCCCUCCGCUUGCGGAGCUGCAAAAGACGCAAGGAGGAGAGAGACACGGAGACUCAGGUGGGCGCUCCGGGGACGGUGGUGAUGGGACUCGGACUGGGGCGAAGGGCGAGGGGCGGCGAAGGGCCGGGAGAGGGGGCGCAGGUACCCCUCCUGAAUCACCCGGUCGCCGUCGAGAGGGAACGAUGGCGUGCGGGGAGAGGAGAAGGCGCGAAAGAAGCCUGCUGGUCCCCUUUUCCUCCUCUCCUUUCCGUGCGUAAAGGCUGAGCCCACCGGGUUCCAAGCUGGGAAGUGGGAGCCAUAGUUUUCUACCUUGGAUGAAAUGGAAAACUAUGGUUAUUUGUGCUGUGUUUAACUAUGGUUAAAAAGUGCUGUGUAUUUAUCCCUCUAAACUGAGAUAACACCUUAAACACAAGGGCUGCAAGUGGCGAAAUCUUAUCGUUAUGUAAUUUCCUUUGGGGGCAUUAAAGGAACAAAGAUCGGGUCAGAGAACAUUUCCUGCAACUUUAACUUCCAUUAAUAAUCAAUCAAAACAAAUCUUUUGAAAGAUACAAGUUUAAGGCAGCCUUUUAACCAUACAUCCUGAGAUGUUGUUAGACUACAAGUCCCAUCAUUCCUAGCUAGGAAGACCUGUGGUCAAAGAUGAUGGGAAUUGUAGUUCAACAACAUCUGGGGACCCAACCAAGAUUGAGAGAGGCUGGUUCAGAGAGUGAAGGGAACAGUUUGUGGUUUUGAACAAACCCUAUCCUCUAAAGCUUUCACAACUUUCAUCAGUCUGAAAUGGUGUAUUUAGAAAUGUUUUCUGGCAGCCAGGAGGCCUAGGGACUUGUUUUGUAAAAGAAAGAAGCACUGUGCUUCUUAGAAUGAUUAUAAUUAUACAUCAUAUAAUAAAGAACGAUAAGUGCAUGGUCAUAAAAAGCUGAAGUACUUCAUACAAGUAAGUUUUCUCCUCUGCAGUGCGUUAGCCUGACACUAUGGUGGGUGAAGAAAAUAUCUCCGUAAGGAAUCGCCGAUCAACUUAUGAGACUGCAGAAGAGAAAGAAGACUUGUCAAAGAGGCAUGAAGCAGACUGGUCUUUCCCACAAUCAAGCAAUGGUGAGAUUUCUUCAUCAGUAACUGCAGAGAUCUUACCUGAUUUAGCAGAUGAAAUGAUAAGCAGUGAAAUGAUUUUAAAUCUGCAUGUGAACAAAAGAGCUGAAGUACAGUAAAUAUGAAUCCAAUUGUUUCCAGUGUUCACCAUGUUCAGUGGGUUUACUCUGAAUCAAACUUUGUUGACUACAACCCAGUGCAUGUAUCUUUGGUGGUGUAGUUCAACGUGGUACUCAGCCAGUUCUGAGCGUGUUUGCCUUGUGCUAAUAACUUGACCUUAGCACUGUAUUUGUUCCCUGACUAGUUUUCUUUUAGCUGUGUGCCAAAUUUGUGAAGCCAGCGGAGGAGAUUCUUCUAGAGAACUAGUAUGACCUGACUAGGAAACGUAUCUAUACCUAAAUUAUCCGUGUUGUAGUUUUUGUUUCAACAGCUACCAGAUAUUUGCCUCAAGAUGUGAAUACUGGCAUUCAUUGCUAAGCUUGUUUACUCAAAUUCAAGCUGGGUGUGAAACUGCCUUCUACUGAGUUGGACCAGCAGUUCAUCUGACCCAGUACUGCUUACUCAGACAGGCAGUCCCUAACUCUUCAGGCCCCCUUAUUGUGAUCGGAUGGGAUUCCACCAAGUCUUUGUGUACGCAGAAUGAUGGCCACUCGCCCAACCAGCGUUUCCCUGCCCACGGGCCUUAGGUUGCCAAUCCCUGGUGUAGAUGCAAUUAUGAGAUUUCUUCAUCAGUAACUGCAGAAAUCUUAUGUGAAUAAAUAUAAGAAUUUAUUGUUAGGAUAUUUCCGUUCCACCUUAAAAGGGAGCAGGCUUUGUGAGUCAGAGUCUGCGUAUUUCCUGUUCACAGGAUGUUUAUGUUUUCUGUUGCUUUCGUUUUCUCUCUGGUGUCGCAGACACUAAAGCAGUCAGUCAUGUUUUUCUGUGUUCUGAUCAACGCUGAAUAAACUUGUAAAUAAUGCUCUCCUGAGAGCAAAUUUUGCCUGUGAUCGGUGCUGAUAGAGCGUGCAUGAGUCUGGAAUGUGGCAAGAUAUUUUCUAGAAACUCAUGUCGCUGCGUGCCUACGGGAGGCUGAUGGAUCGUCCGGCAGACGGCUUGGGGGCCAUGAUGGACUUUAUCUCCCUGGCAGUAUCCCAACAACAGGUUAUGGGCCCAGAUUCACAGCACUUACAGGAGAGUAAGACUGCGGCAGACUGCUGAAAGGUAUGUGGAAGAAAAGCGAAAGUGAGGCUUUUCUGUUUGCCGAGGCAAGGGCCUUUGAUGUCCGGCUGGCCUAAUUGGUCUGGGAGUCGAGCCAAACAGGCCUCAUGAUUUAUGAGCUGCUGAGAUAAGACGUCUCUGAAGUGAAUAAGAUUCACGGCUCAAGUAAAAGACUGAGAUGGAUCUUUUACAAUCCUCAGAAGCUGCUCCGUCUCCACCAAAGCUAAAUGGCCACAACUAUCAGACCUGGGCAAGGUACUGUGAGGGCCAGAUGAGAAAGCUUGGAGUGUGGAAUACCGUUUCUGAGGACCCCCCAGCCCCUGUGACAGAUGAAUGGACGGCACAGGACUCAAGAGCCAUGGGGAUAAUUUUGCUCUCAGUAGCUCCUGAAGAGUUAAUCACCCUGGCUGGCAAGGCCAGUGCCCGUGAGAUGUGGGACGGGCUUAGAGCCUGUCAUCUCCGACAAGAGGCUGGGUCUGUGUUGCUUUAUUUCAGAAAGCUGCACAGGAAGCGUUUGGAGCCAGGGGAAGACCUUAGAGCCCACGUUUUACAUUUGCAGCAUCUCAGACAGGAAUUGACUCAGAGAGGUUUCAAUAUGCCUGAGUCACUGUUUGCAAUUCUCAUCCUGGACUCCCUGGAUGAAAGCUACCAUGCCGUGGCAAGUCAGCUGGCGACCCUCCCUGCGCAAGACCUCACUGCUACAAAGGUCUUGGCGACUUUGCAAAAUGAAUACGAUAGAAGGAAUGCAGCUGAGUCGGCUUGUGCGCUCCAGGGGGAGCAAUGUGGGACAGCAUUCCAGCCUCCAGGGGAGCCAAAGCGUUGGCAGCUGUGAAGUGCUGGAACUGUGGGACCCAAGGUCACACUCAGAAGUUUUGUCCAAAGACUGGAAAUAAACAAAGGAAGAAGCCAGCAGAUGGCAAGAAGCAGAGGGGGGGUGGAAAGCCCAAGCCAGGGAAAAACAAUGCUUUGUUUGCUGGCACAGCCUCACCAAAGGCUAAAGGCAAGUCUGAUGGCCAGGAGCAGGGGGGCAAGCUGCAAAAGCCCACGCCGGUGGAAAACAAGGUUUUGCUUGCCAGAAAGACUGCUCCAGAUGCCAAGGCCAGGUUUGUUAUUGAUUCAGGCUGUACCCGCCAUGUCUCAAAAGACCGCCACCUAUUUAUCUCCUUCAAACCUCAAGAAGGUGAGAUCCACCUGGCUGAUGGAAAGACGUUGCGAAUUGCGGGAGAAGGGACUGUGAAACUGGCAAGUCUGCACACUACCAUCAAAGAUGUACUAUAUGUUCCAGGUGCUGCAGACAAUUUGCUCAGUGUCCCACAGUUGACUGGGCGUGGUUUUGAGAUUUCCUUCAAGAGGAGCGUCUGUGUCAUCAGAAAAGGCAAAGAGGACAUUUUGCAUGCAAAGUUUAUGGAUGGCUUGUUCUGUAUAACUUAUGACGACAAUGGUGCUGUUGUGUCUAAUGUUGAUUCUUGUUGUGUUGCACAAACUAACAAAGUUCUUCAUGCAGGAUGCAUUCAUGAUGCACACAGAAGAUUUUGUCACAUGUCUUGGCAGGCACUGGCCAAGAUGCCAGAGAUGGUUGAGGGUUUGAACAUCAAACCCUGUAAGUUUCACAUGAAAUGUGUAUCUUGUGCAGAGAACAAGGUGAAGGUUGCUCCAAAAGGCAAGGAGUCUAGCAGGCAGGCUUCCAGACCCUACCAGCUAGUGCACGCAGACCUGGUUGGUCCACUUGCGCCCUCUUUGGGUGGAGCAAGGUACUUCAUGGUUCUAAUUGAUUCUUUUUCAAGGUACAUUCAUGUGUUUAUGCUCGAGCAGAAAUCGCAAGCGUUUCCUAAGUUCAAGGCAUUCUGUGCUUGGUUGGAGAAUGUUCACGGUAAACGCAUUGGCUGUCUGUUUACUGAUCGAGGCGGGAGUUCACUUCUCAGCAGUUUGAAGCUUUCCUGACUGAGAAGGGAAUCCAGCAUGACUUGUCAACGCCUAGAUCGCCAUGGAUGAAUGGGCUUGCGGAGCGAGCAAAUCAAACGUUGCUGCAAGGAAUGAAAACAUUGUUGCAUGAUGCCAAUCUCCCUGAUAAGUAUUGGGGGGAGGCUCUGUCGAAUUUUGCUUACACUUAUAAUCGCAGAUUGUCAUCACCUAUUGGUUGUACUCCCUAUGAGAAGAUGUUUGGUAAGAAACCCAACAUCAAGCACAUGAGAAUCUUUGGUUCUGACAUGUGGGUACACACCCCACAAAGCAACAAGCUUGGGAAGCGUGGGGCACAUGGUUUGUUCAUGGGGUACGAAAAGGUGCAUACAGGGUGUGGAUGACCAACUCUAAGUCCAUUAAGUUCACAAAGAGUGUUGAGUACAAUCCUAAGUGGGGGGAAAAUGUGGGAAUUUUCCAGAGUUACCCAGAGGAGGAUGAAGGUGAUGUCAAAGAAGCAGCUAAUGUUGAGGAAGCUGCUGAGGAUGAUGAUGACGAUGAUGAUCAGAGUUCGGAUUCCAGUUCAGUGGGCGGCGCUGCUGCUGAUGUCAGUGAAAGUGAUGACACAGCAGACUACAAGAGCGCAAAGGCCUCAGUCAGACCAUCUGAUGCGUCUGACAAUGAACUGGAAGAACCACUGUUCACCAUUGGUCACUUUUCUCCUAAGAAGGAGGAGAUGAGUCCAGAAGACUUGCGUCUAGUACGCAGAUCUGAGAGGGCCACGAAGGGCAGACCUCCAAAGAGAUUUGCUGAUGAGUUUGCUAAGACAGCAACUGCUGUUCUUAGUAGCUCAGAGAAGGUGUGGGAACCUUCAAGCUUCAAAGAGGUUCAGGAGUUAACCUCUAAAGAUGCUGAGCCUUGGCUAAAUGCCAUGAAGGCUGAAGUUGAUUCCUUGAAUAGGAACCAAACUUGGGAACUGGUACCGGUAGUCCCAGGAAUGAGACUGGUUGGCAGCAAAUGGGUCUUCAAGGCCAAGACAGACCAGAAUGGCAAGGUUGUCAGACACAAAGCCAGAUUGGUUGCCAGAGGUUUUUCACAGGUACCAGGACAGGAUUACCACGAGACCUACUCACCCACCGUCAAAUAUGAGAGCAUUCGGCUGAUGCUCAAGAUAGCUGCAGAGGAGAAACUGCAUGUUUCCCAUCAUGACAUUAAUACAGCUUUUUGUACGGGAUUCUGGGGAGGAGCUGUUUAUGCUUCCACCUGACGGGAUGCAGAUACAGAAGGGAAUGGUCUGUAAACUGCGGAAAUCCUUAUAUGGUCUCAAGCAGAGUGCCAGGUGUUGGAACACAAAACUCACUGAGACAUUGCUUUCUCUAGGUUUUCACCAGGGCAAAGCUGAUCCAUGUGUGUUUGUCAAGGAGGAGGGGCAAAACAAACUGUAUUGUUUAUGUUUUGUUGAUGAUCUUCUGAUGUUUUGGAAGAAUCAGGCUUUGUACCAAAGCACCCUAGCUCAGCUGAAGGAGCACUUUGACAUGAAGGAUCUUGGUGAGGUAUCCAACUAUCUUUCUCUGCAGGUGGAGAGGGACCAAGCAGGUAAUUUUCUGGUACACCAAACACAGAAAAUUGCUGAUGUUUUAACCAGGUUGAAUUUGGUUGAUGCAAACCCAGCAGACACACCGAUGGUGACAGGUUACCAGGUAGACAGUACUGCUGAAGCGUUUUCUGACACUACGCUGUACAGGUGCAUUCUAGGCAAGUUGAAUUUCAUUGCUAGAUGCUCAAGACCUGACAUAGCUGUAAGCUGUAACCUGCUUAGCAGACAUGCCAACAAUCCUACUGUUCAGGAUUGGAAAGCUCUGAAGCGCAUAGCCCGCUAUUUGAAAGGGACUAUGCACUACAGGCUGAGGUUCACCAGUCAGAAGACUGGAGGUCUUGAAAUCUUUGCAGAUGCAAGUUUUGGAAGUGACACCACGGAUGGUACAAGCACUUCUGGAGUAUGCUACAUGUACAACCACUGUCUGUUUGACUGGUUGUGCAAAAAGCAGACGACAGUGAGCCUAAGUUCCUGUGAAGCAGAACUCAAUGCUCUGUCAUUUUCACUCAUGGAUUGUGAAUGGUUGAUGCAACUGUUUAAGGACAUCGGAGUUUCUGUGAAAUGUCCUGUACAAGUGUAUCAAGACAAUAGAUCGUGUUUGGCUUUGCUGAACUCAGAGAGUUGCAAGCAAAGGACCAAGUACUUGCAGAUUAAGCUACAUCGUGCAAGGGAGUGUAUUCAGAAAGGACUCAUUCAGGUGUCCUACAUGCCAGGAAAUGAAAUUCCUGCUGAUCUGUUGUCUAAGGUUGUUAACAGAGAACAACUUAAGGUUUAUGUACAAAGGUUGCAAUUGGGUUGAACCACAGGUACUACAGGUUACACGGAAAGGGGAGGAUGUUAGGAUAUUUCCGUUCCACCUUAAAAGGGAGCAGGCUUUGUGAGUCAGAGUCUGCGUAUUUCCUGUUCACAGGAUGUUUAUGUUUUCUGUUGCUUUCGUUUUCUCUCUGGUGUCGCAGACACUAAAGCAGUCAGUCAUGUUUUUCUGUGUUCUGAUCAACGCUGAAUAAACUUGUAAAUAAUGCUCUCCUGAGUGCAACUUUUGGCUGUGCUAAUUGCUGAUAGAGCGUGCAUGAGUCUGGAAUGUGGCAAGAUAUUUUCUAGAAACUCAUGUCGCUGCGUGCCUACGGGAGGCUGAUGGAUCGUCCGGCAGACGGCUUGGGGGCCAUGAUGGACUUUAUCUCCCUGGCAGUAUCCCAACAUUUAUCAGUGGAUUUAUUUUGAAUCUGCAAAUGAGCAAAAGUACAGUAAAUACAAAUUCUUCCUCAGUUUUUAUAUAAUGGAUUGUUUCCAGUGUUCACCAUGUUCAAUGGGUCUACUAUGAGUAAAACUUUGUUUCAUGUAUUUUGGUUUUGCAAUCUUUCUGGACCUGUUGGCACAUCUGUAAAGUGGAUUAAUUGUUGUAUUGCUAGACACACCCUACAACAAAGCACAUCUUGUAAACUAUUUUAUCAUUUGUGAUAGGAAAAAAUGCUGCUUUCAAGCCAAGUUUCGGUGUGUGGGUUGUGGGUGUGUAAUAUUGUGGGUGCCUGGGAUGGCCUCUGCUGACUCAUGCACUUAGGGUUGUCAUAUCGAUGACCACUGGAUUCUAACCAUAGCUGAGAACUCAAAUGAUGAAUUGAGUUAUGAUGAAUUUGCAUAGCUGGCAAAUUGUGUUUUCAAGCUGCUCCUGUUUUCUUUCCUCACAGCACUCAACAUUGUAAGCUCAGUCCUGUUUGAAAGCUCAGACCCUGUCUCCAGGGAACAGGACCUUUGGGAAGCUGAGCGAUGGCCCUAAUUGCGGUUUGCCAAUCUCAAAAAAAUGCCAAACCAUCUUUAUAUUUCCUUAGCCAUGGGUUGGCGUGAUGUCUGAAGUGAGCCAAAAGAGGCUUUUUUCCUGGAUUGAUUGAUCGAUUAUUUAUUUAUUUAUUUAUUUAUUUAUUUAUUUGACCACUUAUUCCUAAGUGGGCCUAAGUAAUUAUUAAGCGGCCCUGUUCUUAAUUUAGCACCUUUUUUGGUUCGGAUAAAAGGUCUAAUGAAUUAAAAAAAUCCAAGCCUGAUAUGAAGAAUCUGCCUCGGUUCGCAUCUCGUUUUAUGUCAUUUCUUGGGUUUUGGGUGGAAAGAAGCCUUCAUGGAAAUGGAAUGUUCUGUCACUGGAGUUUGAUUGGGGAUUGGGCUGGUGUACCACUAAAGAUGAUAUGCAAGGGGAUGUGUUCCUGGAAGGGCUUUGAAAAUGCCUUUGUCCUUCUCUCAAAUAGUGUUGGGUUUCAGCUGUGACUAAUCUGUCUUGAGGAAAGCAUGUGGGAUCUCUGCCUUGUAGUCCAGGACUUGCAAGGCUGUGGUAAUUUCCCAAGGUGGAGGUUACUCCAGGUCAUUCCUUAGUGUUGCAAACACAAAUGAUAUGUCAGAAGAAUGAAUGUGCAGGGGGAAAUUGAAGCUGAGGAGGAAGAGGACAUAGCUGGUUAAUAUUAAACACAGGCUCAUUUGUUUUUUUCUUUGGAAAGUUACUUUUCUUUCUCGUUUCCCUCCUGCCUUUCCCAUCCGUUCAGUGGCUUGUCAUUACUAUUUACAUACGUCACAAUUUAUCGUUAUGUUAUUUUUAGCCUGCUUUUCAGGCAGUGGGGGCUCCCAAAGUAGCUUUCAUACACUCCUCAGUUAAAAAUUAGCAUCAGUGAAAUAUUGUUAAAAUGACCACAAACAGCUAAUCAAAUAUCAAGAGAAAGUACAGGUAACUCUUUUUAUAUAACUCAUUAAAGCCAGAGUUUCCUUAAUGCUUGGGCUAUGCUAUAAACACUUUGGCAAAGAAGAGAGAUAUUCGAUGAUGCACAGGCAGGAUUUAGACAAGGGAGAUCCACAAUGGAUCACUGCCUGAUCUUACAGCACCUAGCUGAGAAAUACACGUCGCAUCACAAUCUCCACCUAUUCGCAGCAUUUGUAGAUUUUAAAGCAGCCUUCGACUCCAUCCCAAGAACUCGACUCUGGGACAAACUCAACAAAUCAUCCAUAGACCGACGUCUGCUGCUACUAAUAUACAAACUGUACAAUAACACACAACUUCGCAUAAGACGCAGCCAAGAAGGCCAACUCUCUAAUUUCAUUAGAACAACAAAGGGAGUUAAACAAGGAUGCAUUUUGGCCCCCUUUUUGUUCAACAUCUAUAUAAACUCCCUAAUAGACCACCUACAAGGAGCGGAUACACACGCCCCAAAAUUAGUAGACAAAAAACUGCCUAUCCUACUCUAUGCAGACGACGCGGUUAUAUUGUCCCAGACUCAGAUGGGCCUCAAAAGAGCUCUUAACAGCUUAUCCCAAUAUUGUAGAGAAGAGAAACUAGCAGUGAACUACCAAAAAACAAAAAUCAUGGUUUUCUCUAACAAAAGGAAAAUAUACAGAUGGAAUUUGGACAAUCAGGAGAUUGAACAAGUGACAUGCUUUAAAUAUCUAGGAGUGAUAUUCCAAGCAUCAAGGAAGAAGACUGCCCACAUAAACUACAGCUCCUUUACAGCACAAAAAAGUACAACAGCAAUCCUAAGAUUCCAUCGUACAACGGGAGGAAAUUUCAUUCCUGCUACAAUUAAACUAUUCGUUGCAAAACCAAUAGCACAAAUUCUAUACGGCGCACCACUCGUCUCCCUCUCUAAUCUAGACCCAUAUGAGAAGAUACAAUCAGGUUUCCUUAGAUCACUCCUGCAAACACCUAAAUGCGUCCCAAACGCCGCCUUACGACUGGAAACGGGCUUAUACAGCAUUAAAGCCAAAGUAUGGAUAAGAACUUUAUGCACUUGGCUAAGACUUAACAACUCGCCGGUUGGACUACUUUCGCUGAUGCUUCUUGACAAAUUCCAAUCUAGCUGGUUGAAGGGCAUUCUCAGAAAACUGGCCACAUAUGGUCUCUCACCAGAGUAUUUAUUAAGUUUAGAAAGGGGAAGGGCCAAGAACAUAAUCAAAGAAAGACUCAAGGACAUUGAAACCCAAAAUGACUUUAACCAACUUCCGAUAACCUAUAAACUUCUAUACAAUUCCCAAAGGCCCCAUCUAGCAAACUAUCUCAAAGUUCUAGACAACGCUAAACACCGAUGGGCAUUUUCCAGGGCCCGCUUUAACGCUCUCCCUUCAGCCCUUCUAGAGGGAAGAUACAAUAAAAUACCGAUCGAACAAAGAUUAUGCCCCUGUAACAGCAAUGAAAUCGAAACCAUUGGGCAUGUCAUCUUAUACUGCCCAUUAUAUCGAGACUCAAGAAAAGAGCUGAUCGAACCGAUUCUGAGGAAAAUACCUCGUAGUACAGACGACACCUAUAUCAGACACCUCCUAGCUGACAAAGAGCCCGAAAUUAACAGGUCUGUGGCAAAGUACUGUUACAUUGCAACAAGAAUAAGACGAGCAAUGAUGUCUACAAAGGAGUUCAAACUGUAAACAUCGAAGGAACGAUAAUAAACAGUAGCGACUCCUGAAUCGAAUUUUAAAAAACUUAAAACUUGAAACCUGGUCAUAAAUAUAAGCACCAAUCCUGUGAAUUGGCCAUAUUUUUACUGUUACUUGUAGCACAAUACUACUCUUAAUGUCAUAUUUUAUAAAUUGCUUCCUGGUCAUUGACCGUAUUAAAGAUAUUUGAUUUGAUUUGAUUUGAUAUUCGAUGUUCCUUCAGAUAAUGCUGUGUGUUGCAGGUAACUUGGUACUCAGCCAGCUCUGAGCGUGUUUGCCUUGUGCUAAUAAUCUGACCUUAGCACUGUAUUUUUCCCCUUAACUGAAUAGUUUCUCUUUUAGCUGUGCUUCAGCUCUGUGAAACCACUGUAGAGUAUUCUCACUAGUGUUCUAGUUUUACCUGACCAAGAUACAAAUCCAUAGCUCACUCAUCGGCAUUGUACUUUUUAUUGAAAGAGGUACCAGACAUUUGCCCCUGGGUGUGAAUACUGGCAUUCAUUGCUAAACAUGUUUACUCAAAUUCAAGCUGGGUGUGAAACUGUCUUCUACAGAACUGUCUUCUCCGGCUGCCGCGCCGCCGGAGCACGAUUUCUGUUCUCAUCCUGAAGCAAAGUACUUAACCCGAGGUAAUAUUUCUGGGUUAGUGGAGUCUGUAACCUGAAGCGUAUGUAAGCCGAGGUACCACUGUACUGAGUUGGACCAGCAGUUCAUCUCACCCAGUACUUCUUACUCUGACAGGCAGUUGCUCCUCAGACCACGUUAUUGUGGUCGGGUGGGAUUCCAACAAGUCUUUGUGUGCACAGAAUGAGGUCCACUCGCCCAGCCGGCCUUUCCCUGCCCGCGGGCCUUAGGUUGCCAAUCCCUGGUGUAGAUGCAUUUAUGAGAUUUCUUUAUCAGUAACUGCAGAAAUUUUAUCUUAUUAACUAUAAGAUUUUAUCAGUGUAUUUACUUUGAAUCUGCAAAUGAACAAAAGUUCUGAAGUACAGUAAAUACGAAUUCUUCCUCAGUUCUUAAAUAAUGGAUUGUUUCCAGUGUUCACCAUGUCCAAUGGGUCUACUAUGAGUAAAACUUUGUUACAACCCAAUACAUGUAUUUUGGCUUUCCAAUCUUUCUGGACCUGUUGGCACAUCUGUAAAGUGGAUUAAUUGUUGUGUUGUUACACACACCCUACGACAAAGCACAUUUUGUAAACUAUCGUGCACUUAGGGUUGUCAUAUCGAUGACCACUGGAUUCUAACCUUAGCUGAGAACUCAAAUGAUGAAUUGAGUUAUGAUGAAUUUGCGUAGCUGGCAAAUUGUGUUUUCAAGCUGCUCUUGUUCUCUAUCCUCACAGCACUCAACAUUGUAAGCUCAGUCCUGUUUGAAAGCUCUGAAUCUGUCUUCAGGGAGCAGGACCUUUGGGAGGCUGAGCGAUGGCCCUAAUUGUAGUCUGUCAAUUUGAAAAUAAAACACAUUUAAAAGGGGUAUAGGAUGUUGAUUCUCAUCCCAGGCUUCCCCAGCUGACUCCUCUGCAUCUCCUUACUUCAUUCUCUGGACUGCUUUUGCUCCUACAAAUUUCUGUGCUGCAUGUGAAGCCUGCAUGUGAAGUUCUACUUCUGGUGGGCUAUGUGUACAGAUGUGCAUUGUUGCACUAUGACAGCCUUCACUAACCUUGUGCCUUCCAGGUGCUUGGAUGGGGGGUUGUGGUCCAAACUUGUCAUGGCACCAGGUUGGCAAAGGCUGUAGCAUCAGAAGGAAAUGUUGCCAGUGAUGGGAUGCUGAAACCACAGGAGGAAGAAACAUGUGCCUACUCCACAAUUUAACCAGUGCCCUGCAUAUAUCUCAUACAGUUCAUUCCCAUCUUCAAUCACAGAUAUGAUUUCUUACAUCUUUUAUCAUCUCCCCAGCAUCAUGUUCCACCAACUUUGUGUCAGAGACUGGUCAGAGGAGGAUGUUGGAGACCGCCUCUCUAGCUUGACCCUUCCAGGGAGGAGGAAGAGGAAGACAGUAUAGAUUUACAACAGGGGUUUGAAGGAGGUCACAGCUCAGAGGCAGAUGAGGGGGAAAGCUGGGAAAUCAUGGGAGAGACAGAACAACACUCAGCUGACAGGUUGUUAUUAGAAAGCAUCCCAGACCUUCCAUCUCCCAGAAGCUGGUGAGCCUUAAAAGUAGGAGAGCAAAGAGCUCAAAGACAGAGGGCACAUAGCAGCACCUGUAGGAGAGACAAUGAGAAUGGUGAAUGAGGAAGUGGGAGAGACGAUGGGUGGGGUGGAGAUUCACUCGGGACAGUGCCAUUAUCCAAGAGGCUGGGUGCUAUAGCCUCUCUCUGUAAAUACUGAAUAAAAAGCGGACAGUAAGAAACAUUCCCUUGUCUUUAUAUGUUCCUGGGCAAGCAGCCGGAAGUCGCUGGCAGCAGCUUGACACCUUGCUCAGAAAAUUGAUAUCAUUCCUCAUAGACUUUUCUCUUAAGUACUCCUUUGUAUCAUUACUACUUCGUUUACAAAUUCCUUGACUUGAUGUCCUAAACAAAAUAGACUUGAAAGACUCCAUGUUAGGUCUUGAAAGGCAGUGUAAAGGGGGGUGGGGAAUACCCAUCAAUGCAAAUUCCAAAAUAAUUGUUUAUGGAAUCCCAUUUUGGGACAUAUUCAGUUUGUCGUGCAUAAUGAAUCUUCUUAUCUCCAUGUAUCAAGCUGUUGUAAAGUUGUAAAGAUCAUUAGGAGAGGUGCUUCUUGAGGUUCCACAGCGCAUUGUGCAGUAACAGUGGGACACAUAUAGUCCUUUCCCUUUGGUGCCAACUUAAAAUUGUUUCCCCUGGCAUUUACAUGAUGUAAAUUCUGGAACUGCCCACAUUUUAAAAGGUUUUUCAUAUCUCCUCUCAGUCUCCUCUUCUCCAGGCUAAACAUACCCAGCUCCCUCAACCGUUCCUCAUUAAGCUUGGUUUCCAGACCCUUAAUCAUCUUGGUUGCCCUCCUCUGUACGCUUGGAUAAACUCAGGAUUACAUUGAUAAAAAGCAACCAGUGCAUUCCAUCAGGAUUUCUUGUUGGUUAUGAAGUUUAAAAAACUUUAGCAAUGUUAUUAACUCAGGUCACAUGGCCACUCUUUUCUUGAGUAAAAAAAAGCCUUUGAGCCUUUGAUGUGAAUAUACCCAUUUAAGUGUUCACACAAGCAACAAGCACCCCAAUCUUCCCUCCAUGGGUGGGGAAGCAAUUAAUCACCUCCUCCCACCCCCAUGUUGCUGUUGCAAUCUGUUUAACAGCUCCCUGCCUGGUUUUCCUAAAAUUCCUCCCCACAAGAGUCUGGAAGGUUGUCAUGCACUUCUGCCUCCUUCUCUGCCUUCUCCUCAGUUGGUAACGUACGAGACUCUUAAUCUCAGGGCUGUGGGUUUGAGCCCCACGCUGAGCAAAAGAUUCCUGCCUGCAUUGUAGGAGGCUGGACUAGAUGACCCUUGUGGUCCCUUCCAACUCUGCAAUUCUAUGAUUCCCCUGUAAUUUUAGUACUGUAUAGCAACAAUAGGCUACAUUGCAGGGCGGUAGUAGCCCAUGCUUCCUCAGGCACAGUACUCCCUCUGCAACAUGGAUAUUGCUUGUGUGAUAAAUUUCUUUCCAGCACUUGCCAGUUACAGCUCUGACUUCACUCAUUGGCUAAAAUCACUAAAAUGUAGGAGCAGGCUCAAAUCUCCCAAAACAAUUUCUUUGAAUGGUGUCUGUGUGCUUUGCUUUAAAGCUUUCAUUCUACAAGGGCUAAAGGGCUUGCACAGUGUGUGUGUGUGUGUGUGUGUGUGUGUGUGUGCUGAUGUCUCUGCAUGAUACCUUCCAACUGGGCAAUUAGCUGUUGGAGAGGAGAAGCCCUUGCUGGCAGUGACUGCCCAAAGGUUCUUGCCAAGGUACGUGACUUUUUAGAGCCUUCUGUCACAGAAGGAUGACGUGUAGUUGCUCCCAUCUUGUUUGUAUGGAUUAAAAUCACUGCAGAGGGCUCCGAGGGUGAGAGGCGUAGCUGGCAGGGAUGCAGAACCACUUGUCCUCAUAUUGUUGGACUCCCAACUCCCAGGAUGGCUAGUGGUCAGGGAGCUGGAUACCAUCUUAACAGAGAUGCCUAAGAAAGAUAAAAUCAUCCUCCUGGGUGAUUUUAAUGCAAGAGUUGAGUGAGAUUUUGAUCUGUGGCCCGGAAAUAUUGGGAAAGAAGGAAUUGGCAACAGCAACCAGAACAGAAUCCUACUUUUAACUCUUAAGACCGUAUUCAUGGAAGACGCCUCUCAAAAGUAGGUGAUGAUACAAAAAGAUAUAAGAUGCAUCUAGGUACAGUGGUACCUCUGGUUACGAACUUCAUUUGUUCCAGAGGACCGUUCUUAACUUGAAACCGUUCUUAACCUGAGGUACCACUUUUACUAAUGGGUCCUCCUGCUGCUGCUGCUGCACUGCUGCUGUGCGAUUUCUGUUCUCAUCCUGGGGCAAAGUUCUUAAGCUGAGGUACUACUUCCAGGUUAGCAGAGUCUGUAACCCGAAGUGUUUGUAACCUGAGGUACCACUGUAUUCCAUGCCUACAGCAAGGAGAUAUUGCACUUGCAUCUUCGUUCCAGGUGAGUGUCCCUGAUGCAGCCCUCUUGAGCUUGGAGAUAAAGAGGGAUAUGUAGAAAUGAGCUUUCAUAGGCGUAUGGUGCUUGGAGUGUCUUGUAUGCACAGUGGAACAUAAAUAAGCAGCCUCUUUCCCCCUGCCUCUUGGAACUAUGCUCAUCAGAAACUGUUGAAGAGGGAGGCAUCAUGUGCGCACAUUUCUGGCACGUCUUCCCUGUUACAAGUGUGUUAACAGUGGCUACCCAUCCUGUUUGCACAUGUCUGCAGAGCUUGUUGCAACAAUUAAUUAAUAUUUGUUGCAGUAAUUAAGACCUACCUUUGGCAGUGUAUGUGAUGUAGCAAUAAAUGAUGUUCAAAGAUGUUUGUCACAGUGCCAAUGAUACAGUACGUUUUGUGGAGGACUUGGAACUAAUUGCUGAGGGCACUGCAUUUCUGACUGUUGUGAAAGACGACCUUCAAUACCCAGAGAAGAGUUUGAAUUUGAUAUCCCGCUUUAUCACUACCCUAAAGAGUCUCAAAGCGGCUAACACUCUCCUUUCCCUUCCUCCCCCACAACAAACACUCUGUGAGGUGAGUGGGGCUGAGAGACUUCAGAGAAGUGUGACUAGCCCAAGGUCACCCAGCAGCUGCAUGUAGAGGAGCGGGGAAUUGAAAUUAUAGAAUAAUUUUUAUUAAGAAUUUCAGCAUAACAAUUUAUCAAAGACAUAUCAUCCUAAUUUCCCCCCUAAUUUCCCCUCCCCAGGAAAAACCCACCCUCCCACCCCCGCCCGGACUUCCCUCAGCUCCUCUCUCUGGUUUUUCAGCACAUGUUAUUCUCUGCAUAUUAUAAAAUUGUAAAGAUCCUUAACUUAUCUGUCUAUAUGUUACCAAUAAUAAAUUUGUGUUUGUUUAUUCAAAACCUGCCAAGGAGUCCAGUUCAUUUUGUUGUUUCUUUAAGUACUUUGUAAAAGGUUCCCAUUCUUCUUUAAAGUCACAGUUGUCCUUAUCAUGCAGUUUGUGUGGCAAUUCCGCCAGUUCCACAUAGUCUAUCAAUUUCCCUUGCCACAGUUCUUUUGUCAGGAUUUCUUCAUUCUUCCAUCCUUGUGUUAUUAAGACUCUUGCCACCAUUGUCGCAUACAUGAAUAUGUUCUUCAAUUUCCUUGGCAGGUCUUUUCCUACAAACCCUAACAAAAAUGCUUCAGGCUUUUUUACAAAUGUUAAUUGGAACAUUUUCUUCAAUUCAUUGUAUAUCAUUUCCCAAAUUUUUAAAAUUUCGCUACAAUCCCACCACAUAUGAUAAAAAGUCCCUUCUUUUUUCUUACAUUUCCAACAUAUAUUUGAGCCAGUUUUGUACAUUCUUGCUAUCUGUACUGGUGUUAUAUACCAUCUAUACAUCAUUUUCAUAUACGGUGGUAUCUCGGGUUAAGUACUUAAUUCGUUCCGGAGGACCGUUCUUAACUUGAAACUGUUCUUAACCUGAAGCACCACUUUAGCUAAUGGGGCCUCCUUCUGCUGCCGCGCCGUCGGAGCACGAUUUCUGUUCUCAUCCUGAAGCAAAGUUCUUAACCCGAGGUACUAUUUCUGGGUUAGCGGAGUCUGUAACCUGAAGCGUAUGUAACCUGAAGCGUAUGUAACCCAAGGUACCACUGUAUACUUAAGGUGUUCUCUUUUCUAUUCCUUCCUUCCUUCAAAUUUUAUUUUAUUUUAUUUUCUUUCAGUAAAGAACAGUCUGUAAAUUUUAAAUCAAUUUUCCACAAUCUUUCCCAAUCUUCAAACAUUAUGUUAUGGCCUAUAUCUUGUGUCCAUUUAAUCAUGACUGAUUUCACCUCCUCAUCUUUUGUUUCCCAUUCUAGCAGAAUACUGUAUGUGCCUUUCAGCAACUUUACUUUCACUUCCACAACUUCCUUCUGAAAUCUAGAUGUCGUAUAACUGAAUCCUUUCUUGUUAUCUUCUCUGUAUAUCUUGUGUAGUUGCCAAUAAUGUAACCAACUCUGAAAAUGAUCUCUUAAUUUCCAUUUUCCUUCUUGAUCCUUUAACAAGUCAGCAUACGUAAGCCACUUUCCUUUCUUUCCAAGUGGUUUGAGCAGUAAAGCUUUGUGUGGUGAAAGCCACCAAGGAGUCUUCUGUUCUAAUAGAUCUUUAUAUCACUCCCAUACUCUCAUUAGUGAUUUCUUAAUUAUGUGAUUAUAAAAACUUUUAUGUACUUUCCCUUUCCCAUGCCAUAGAUAUGCGUGCCAACCAAAUCUAUUGUCAUGUCCUUCCAGUUCUAAUGCUUCUUGCUUUUCCAACUUCAUCCAGUCCCUAAUCCAUACCAAACAUGCAGCUUCAUAAUAUAAUUUAAAGUCUGGGAGGGCAAAACUGCCUCUAUCUUUUCAGCCUGUAGAAUAAGCUUUGCCUAUUAGGAGUCCAAUGUGGUGUGCUGGUCCUGGGGGGAAGGUUACCGUUGGCAUAGUCAAAGUCCGGUCCUGGGUCACUGGUCUGGAAACAGUUCACAAGGAGUGAGGCGAGGUCCGAAGCAGGAAGCCGGGCGGGGACAGGAUCACUGGAAGGUCAGGUCUGGGUCCGGGCAAGAGCAGGUACUCAACGACGUUGCUCCCGCAACCUGGGACCGGGCUGACUGGCCUUUAUCUUCUCUGAGGCCAGGGGCGGUCCCGGCCCCCAGGAGACCCGCCUCUCCUGGCCUUAAGGCGAGCACUCCUCCUGGGAGAAACCAGUUCCCUUCGCCUCUCUGCCCUGAGCCUCUGCAGUUCAGGAGAGGCUGAAGGGUUACCGGACCCAGGGGGAGACUCACCUGUAGGCACUGAGUGCUCAACCACCUCCGGAGCCAGAGUGGAUUCACCUGGUGCCUGCUCCUGAGGAUCUGGCACAGGUGCAGGCGCUUCAGAAUCAAGGCCCUGCCCCAGUUCAGCCGGCCCUGGAGGCGGGGACUCCUGUGCAGGCUGGGAUUCCUCCGGUUCAGCCUCUGAAUCGGAUUCCCAGGCCAUCACAUGUGGCUUGCAAGGCCAUUUCUGGAUUCAGGAAGGGCUUUGCAUGAAAACUCCCUGCUUUGUUUUAGCAAGGGAUUCCAAUGCAAACCCCUUCCUGAUUUAGGAGAUGGUUGGCACUGGAAUCUUACUGAAAGGAAGGGCAUUCAAACAACUCAGUGCUACCCUUUGAACCUCCAAAAUCUGGAAGUUUUCAAACGAAAUGAGACAGUUUUCAAGCAGCCCAGUAUGAACCUGUAUGAAACUUUGGUUUGCAAAGCUCAUCACUGUGGUUUGUGGUUCUGAAAUCACUUUUUGAAAGCACAGCAUCACCUGGUAUGAUCUCAAUGACAGGUGGUGAGCGUUAGGUGUAAUGAGCAGUAACCAAGCCCAUCUUUUCAUCUUAAGCGAUCUGUAUUUAAUGAAUCUUGUGAUGCCAUAACCAGGGAUUUAACAACCGGUAAGUACAGUAUGCUCCAGGGAUGGUGUUUUUGAUUUUUCAAAAGGGCAUGCUAUCAGAGGACUCAGUUAGACUGAUAGAGAAAAAGCAAUUUAUAUGUGUUGUAUGUGCAAUGUAACAUUUUGCCACCAGAUGACGACGUGGAGUCCUGUUUUUCUCUACCUGUUUUAAAUUUACAAUGCUUUAAACUAAAACGCUUCUUUGAUGUGUCUACAUCCAGCCAGAGUUUAGUGAUCUAGUGUAUUUUUAUUGUUUACUUGAUAUUUACUGUUUGAUGAUUGGGGUCCCACACUUGGAGGAGAAAACAGUUUAUUGUGGGGUGCAAGAAGCUCAGACCACACCCAAACAUGUGAAAGGAAACAGUUAUAGCUUCACAGAACACAGAAAGAUUCAAUACCUCCAAUUAUAGCAUUCUAGUAUACGUGACCUUUAUAUCAUAAGGCACCAAUCAUGCCAGCUCCUGAGGGAUGCACAUUGUGAUCAACAUGCUCUUGCGUGAUCAAUUUGUAGGCAGCUGCACUUUGAUACUCCUUAUUUUGUCAUACAUUGCUUAAGCAAGCAUUGCCCAAAUUGUCAUCCUAGUUUCCAGUAAUAUAGCAAGCCCAAUAGUUCACAUAGCAAGUUCUUCACUUAUCAAGCUGGUGGUUUAAGCAGAACCUCAGGCAUUCCUGGUACAUUCCUACACACUUACUUAGAGCUCAGCAAAACCAAGCUAAAGGGGAUUUCAUCAAUAAAAAGGAUUUUUAUUUUUCAUUGAUUAAUAUGAAUGUUCCCUUCCCUAGUUUGGCUGGAAUUUUGUUCAAGAUAUGCCCAAAUACAAUUGCUGAAUGAUUGUUUAAUGAGAGGAAUGUCAAGAAGAACCAUCUAACUGCAAUUCUGCAGAAACAAAUUUGUUUUUGUUUUCAGAAAAACUUAUUUCUAUGCAUUGUACACUCGUGUUGUCACAGUUGAAUGUCUUGUGUGCACCGUCUCUGCCGUCUUGCUCUCACUUGGCUGGUGAACUGGUGCCUGGGCUGUACCACUUGAGGGUGCAGGGGGCAAGCGGUGCAUGGAUGGUUGAAUCAUGCAGAUGUCCGGCAGAUGGCCAGACUAGAAUCCUUCUCCCUAGCGCCUCCUUUUUGUAGUAUUUGGGUAAAGGGACCCCUGACCAUUAGGUCCAAUCGUGGCCGACUCUGGGGUUGCGGCGCUCAUCUCACUUUAUUGGCCGAGGGAGCCGGCGUACACAUUACAGGUCAUGUGGCCAGCAUGACUAAGCCGCUUCUGGUGAACCACAGCAGCGCACAGAAACGGCGUGUACCUUUGCACCAGAGCGGUACCUAUUUAUCUACUUGCACUUUGACUGCUUUCGAACUGCUAGGUUGGCAGGAAGUAAUUUGGGUAGAUACCGUAUUUUUCGCCCUAUAGGACGCACUUUUUCCCCUCCAAAAAUGAAGGGGAAAUGUGUGUGCGUCCUAUGGGGCGAAUGCGGGCUUUCACUGAAGCCUGGAGAGCGCCAGGGGUCGGUGCGCACCGACCCUCUCGCUCUCCAGGCUUCAGGAGAGCCCCAGCGCCAGCCCUACAAGGUCGGGGGACAGAGGGAGGCGGAACGCUGCCAUCCCGCUGUCUCCCGAAGUGGUUUGGAGGCUGGCGGCGGGGUCUGGCGGCCAGCCCCGCAAGAUCCGGGGACAGCUGGGAGACGCAGCGCGUCUUCCUGCUGUCCCCGGACCUGAUCUGAAGGCGGGCGGUGGGGAGAAGAGCGCUUCUCCCCGCUGCCUGCCCCACAAGCUCUGGGGACAGCUGGGAGGCGCAGUGCGUCUCCACGCUGUCCCCGGACCUGAUCUCAAGGCGGGCGGCAGGAGAAGAGUGCUUCUCCCCGCUGCCUGCCCCACAGCUCCGGGGACAGCUGGGAGGCGCAGCGCGUCUCCCGCUGUCCCGGACCCGAUCUCACGGCGGGCGGUGGGGAGAAGAGCGCUUCUCCCCGCUGCCUGCCCCACAAGCUCUGGGGACAGCUGGGAGGCGCAGUGCGUCUCCACGCUGUCCCCGGACCUGAUCUCAAGGCGGGCGGCAGGGAGAAGAGUGCUUCUCCCCGCUGCCUGCCCCACAAGCUCCGGGGACAGCUGGGAGGCGCAGCGCGUCUCCCCGCUGUCCCCGGACCUGAUCUCAAGGCGGGCGGCAGGGAGAAGAGCGCUUCUCCCUGCUGCCUGCCCCACAAGCUCCGGGGACAGCUGGGAGACGCAGCGCGUCUUCCUGCUGUCCCCGGACCUGAUCUGAAGGCAGGCGGCCUUCCCCGCUGCUUGCCCCGCAAGCUCCGGGGACAGCUGGGAGGCGCAGCGCGUCUUCCUGCUGUGCCUGGACCUGAUCUCAAGGCGGGCGGCGGGGAGAAGACCGCUUCUCCCUGCUGCCGGCCCCACAAGCGCCGGGGGGGGGAAUAAAUUUUUUUUUCUUUAUUUCCCCCCAAAAAAACUUGAUGCGUCCUAUGGGCCGGUGCGUCCUAUGGGGCAAAAAAUACGGUAAGUUUAAAUGAUCUGCCCCGAUUAACUAUGGUUUUAAUGCACUCUAGGAAGUGAAGCCUUGGAAAUUGGAAUAGGUUGUUUUUCCUUUUGGUCAGUAGCGGACAACUAAUACAGGUACAUCUGGGCAGGGGAAUAAGUGAAAGUUUUGAGGGCUAGUAACUUUUGUGGACUUAUUUGCAGCACUGAUAUUAAAAUACUUUAAAUUUCCAGUUUGCAUACUUUUCCUGUUUUGCCUUUCAUACCUGCGGACAACUUAUAUUUAUUUAUAUAUUGUAUUUAUGAUUGAAAAUACAGCAAUGAUUUGUUUUUUUCCUCUUAGGUCAUGUUGACAUUGUUGACACUCGAAAGAUGCAGCUUUUGGUGGAGGCUGAGGUAAACUUAUCUGAAUUGUAGUUAAUAUGAGUUGACAAGGAGGAAUCCCUAGACAGCAAAAGAAACCUCCCAUUUGUGACAGAUCUAUGCAUAGUAUGGGCCUGUUAGAAAUCCUAAAUCCUGUAAAUUGGGAGUCACUGAAACUGGGACUGCUGAAAGAUUUCCUCAAAUGCAAAAAUUAUAAACAAUGCUCACUUUCCUGUGAGCUCUUAUAAACUGGAGACUAAAAGAGUAUGUUUUGCAUACGGUUGGUAUUUGACUAGUAAAACAAAAACAAAACAAAAAGCUCUUGCAGAACAAGUCAGUUUUCUGGUCAGAUUUCUGUCAGAUAUGUUGAGUGAGUUUAUUUGUAAGCAAGAUGGGAGGCAGCUAGGCUAACUAUGAUUUUCUUAGAAAGGCCCUGCAGUUGGCGACUUUGCUUCCUCAUUCUUGGGGAGCUGCUGAUAGGUGGCUUAAACCAGGAAUGGGGAACCAGAUAUUGCUGGACUAGGAAGUCCUAUCAGCGCUGACCAUUGUCCUCACUGCCCGUGACUUUGACUGGGGUCCAAGAAUAUGUCGUCAGUUGUCAGGAAAUGAGACAUGUUCAUGAUUUGUUGUUAGCAUGGUGUUAGGAAGUCAGCCUUGCAUUUGAAGGUAAAGAGUAACAUGCCAUUUUAGCAGGCAAAUUCCAGGCAAUACUUAACAAUUACAGUGGUACCUCAGGUUAAGUACUUAAUUCGUUCCGGAGGUCUGUUCUUAACCUGAAACUGUUCUUAACCCGAGGCACCACUCUAGCUAAUGGGGCCUCCUGCUGCUGCUGCGCCGCUGGAGCCCGAUUUCUGUUCUUAUCCUGAAGCAAAGUUCUUAACCUGAAGCACUAUUUCUGGGUUAGCGGAGUGUGUAACCUGAAGUGUAUGUAACCCGAGGUACCACUGUAUACUUAAGGUGUUCUCUUUUUUAUUCCUUCCUCCCUCCAAAUUUUAUCAGCAAAUGAAGCCAGCUUUCAUGCAGCGGAUCGACAACCACUUUACAGAAUUUGUAAAUGGCUUGAUUGCAAAGUCUGUGCAGCUUGAGACUUCGCCCCCUGCCUUCUCAGCUGUGUGCUCAGAGAAAGACGGUGGCUUCAAAAGCAAGUAUGUUGGUUCUUGGCUGAGCCUGAAGCAGAGUUGAUAUGUUGAUUUGUUGCUGAAUAUUUGUUCUUUUCACAGGGAAUUAAGAGCACCUCCAGAACAUGGAAAAGUUUUUGUUGCUAGAAAGUCUGCCUUUGAGUGAGUAUAUUAAUUAGAUUUUAUAUUUUACUAGAGCCCUUGCUAAAGUUAAAGUUGCCUUGAUCCGGUGGGUGGCUUAUCUGCACAUCUUGCUUCUCCCUCCCAGUAGAUCACUUCUCCCUCCCAGUAGAUCCCUCCCAGUAGAUCAUUUUUAUACUGUGUAGACUGAAAGCUGGUAUUCCUAACCUUUAUAAGUGUUCUAGCCAAUUGGCUAUUGCACAUCCCAAUUCUAACUUGGAUGUGGCUGGAUUCUGGAUUCACAGAGGCUGUUCUGUUCUGUAGAAACUGGUCUACAGAAUAGAAUAGGCAUCCCCUAUCUCGGCUCUCCAACUGUUUGGGGACUACAACUCCCAUCAUCCCUAGCUAACAGGAGCAGUGGUCAGGGAUGAUGGGAAUUGUAGUCCCAAAACAGUCCUGUGUUCUCCAGGGCUCCUUUGGAGGCCAGGUGGGAUUAUCAAUUUAAUAAUAAAUGAAUAAUAAGCACUCUAAGCCUGUGAGACCCAAAUAUUUACAUAGCAUGGAGUGGGGAUUACAAAAGGCUUCAGUUGGUGCAAAAUGGCAGAAUGUCUGUGUGAAAUGAGGUCUAGAGCAGCUCUGUGGAGCUUCUGGCCUGCUCAGGCAUCCUAAUUUGACCUGCAAGGCCACCUUCCCCAAACCAGGUCGACCUGUGGGACAGGUAAAGAUGCAGUUCCCUACUGAAAGCAGGUUUGAUGACACCACCAAUCAGCUGAUUGGCAGUGCCAACGAAGUCCUGUGCCUUUGCUUAUGUGGUUUGAUUUCAAACCACGCAGGCACAGGAAACUGGGUUUGCUGGCACAGUUGACCAUUGGUGCCUGCAAAGUCUUGUUCCAGUUUUGAUUUCAAACUGCAUGGGCAAAGGACUUGCCCUGAUGUCAUUAUUGUAGCAAUAAGGGUUGCUCAGGCUAGCGUGAAAAUUAGGAACCAGGGGUCUGGGUUAAGUUGAGGCAUGUCCCUCUCUAGCUUAAAAGGCUAGUGCUGUAAGUUAGCUUCUUAGUGAUGAGGAGAUUGUUAUUUUAGAUCAUGCUUCGAAGUAUUUGAGGGGUGUUGAUUCUACUACAAUAGGUAGAAAGCUGUGGUUUGAUCUGCAAAUUUCUGAACAUUGGCCAUAAAAUAGACCCUGGUGAGAUGUGUUAUGGAAAAAUCUGGGUGCGGGGUUACUCUGCCACCCAGCUCGUCGGACUAAGUCCGCGGGUCCCUGCGGAAGAAAAUGAGCUCAGCCGGAGACAGGAGCAAGUUCCAGGAGGUCCGAGUUUAUUGCGCAACAGGUUCAAGGCGAGAUUGAACCCCGAGAAAGGGGUGACAGGAGUUUUUGAAACUUCCCUCCAUAUCCCAUAAUACAGUGCAAAACACGUCAUGAAUACAUUACAAAGAGGUAGGGUUACACGGGUUACAUCAUGAAUAUAUUACGAAGAGGUUGGGUUACACAGAUUAACAUAUAGAGCAGGGAGGGGGGAAAUAUGCAGAGCUGAAGAUAUGCAUAGAUAAGCACUUCCUGAGUACCGGUGAUGAGAAGACAAUGGUCCGAAUAUGUAAAGUCUGCCACCUGGCAUUGCCCGGAGGAAGGGUCGGGCAGAGCGAUCUGACCGGAUUAGGGUCUUCCUGAGUACGUGACUCCUCGCUUAAGGGAUUAUGGAGGUCGAGGAGGUAUCAUGGAGUCCUGAAGAAGCUGAGUUGAUUGACACCAAGACCAAGGAAAUCGGAGCUGUGGUUGAUUUUAUAUGAAUUUUAGAAGUUUUGGUCCACUCUAGCCCAUUCAUACACUAAUAAUUGAAAACGGAAACAAACUGGAAACAUAGUAACAAGAUUUGACACUUUUACGAGCUUAACUGGAUACAUUGUAGCAAGAUUUGACAGUUUUACAGGUUUAUGAGUUUCGAUUCCAUUGUUCUCUCAGCGGGGAGCUGUCAGCAGCUUGUCAAGAGGUUAAAUGAGGCGUGCAGAGGCUCGCUGAGCUGAUCCUGCAGAGUGGAUGCAUGGUUCUGAUUGGUUAAGACGCGGCCAUUGGAACAAACGGGAGCGUAGUUUGACACGGUCAACUCAUGAAAAAGAUGGAGCGAGAGGAGAGAAAGGGGGCUUGAGAGUUUGGGCUUAUUUCGCCCGUGGAAAAGUGGGAAAGGGGUUAUGUGUGGUGCUUGUGCGACAAUGAAGAGGCUGGGGAAGGGGUGUAGAGUGCCGUGGUUGUCCUUGAGGUCGUUGCUUCGGAGGCACGUAGCCAGGGAUAGGGAGGGCACCCCCUAUCCCUGUAUCAGAUGUAAUUAAGGUUGUUUGAUUUAAUUGACCUGGGACUGCAUCUGUUUUAAUGCCGAGUGCUGGAAUUGCCCAUGAGUGCAGGAUAUCUUCUGCUGAGAUUAAAACUCAGAUGGGGGAUUCUCUUGGGACUACAACUCGAUGAUCAACUUCUAGUAGGCGGAAAUUUCCGGGAUGUAGGUCGCAUGCUGGGACUAUGUAGGAGUCAAACAGCAGAUUUUCAUAGUCUGUAUAGUCGUAGCUUCAGUAUCACUGGUGGCCAAUGGCUUUAAUAGUUAAAAGAGGGUUGUUAAUUUCAUCUAUUAAAUAAAGGAUUUGGAGGGAGGGGAGUGCAAUUAGGAUUAAAAUUAUUGCGGGGAGGAUAAUUCAGACUAUUUCCACUUCUUGGGCAUCUAUAGUAUUAGUGUGAGUUUUGUUGAUAAUAUAAGACUAAUAAUAUAUAGUACCAAGGCACUGAUUAAAACAACAAUUAUUAAUGCAUGGUCAUGGAAGUGAAGAAGUUCUUAUAUAAUGGGGGAGGCUGCAUUUUGGAAGCCUAGUUGUGCUGGGUGUGCCACAUAGGCUUAAUUGACCUAUAAUUUAGCACUGACAGAGCUAUGUAAUUUAUUUACUAGGACCUCAUAAGGAGAGAAACUUAAGAGGCUGUGUGACUGGCUUGAAAGUGGUUAGAGGUGGUUCAAGUCCCCCAUUCCCUUGAGGUUUGUACAUAGGUUGAUUCUUCGUGGGUAUGAUAUGGGGGCGGGCAGCCGAGAAGUCAUUCCAAGUUUGUGUUUGUUAAUUCGAGGGUAAGUACUUAAUGUUUAGCUGCCAGAGCUUCGCAGAUAAAUAUUAUUAUAAUUACUGCUGUCAGUGAAAUUAAGGAGCCAACUGAUGAAAUAGUAUUGCAGAGGUGUAUGCGUCUGGAUAGUCGGAGUAACGUCGGGGCAUGCCCGCUAAUCCGAGGAAAUGUUGUGGAAAGAAUGUUAUGUUGACUUCGGUAAAUAUUACGCCAAAUUGAAUUUUUGUUCAUGAGGAAUGCAAAGCAUAACUUGUAAAGAGCAGAAAUCAGUGGACAAAUCCACCUAUAAUUGCAAAUGCAGCUCCUAUUGAUAGGACAUAAUGGAAAUGGGCAACUACAUAGUAGGCAUCAUGAAGAAUAACAUCUAAUGAGGAGUUGGCUAAAAUAAUACCUGUAAGGCCGCCUACCGUAAAUAAAAAAAUGAAUCCCAGGGCCCAAAAUAUAGCGGCAUCCCAUUUAAUUAUUCCGCCAUGAAGGGUUGCGAGUCAACUAAAAACUUUUACUCCAGUAGGAAUGGCAAUAAUUAUUGUGGCUGAGGUAAAAUAGGCUCGGGUGUCAAUGUCCAUACCUACGGGAAAUAUGUGGUGGGCCCACAGAAUGAAGCCUAGAAAGCCAAUUGAUAUUAUGGCUCACACUAUACAUAUGUAGCCGAAUGGUUCUUUUUUCCUGCAUAGUAUGUGGCGAUAUGGGAAAUUAUGCCAAAGCCAGGGAGAAUGAGGAUGUAUACUUCUGGAUGACCAAAAAAUCAAAAUAGGUGUUGGCAGAGAAUUGGGUAUCCUCCUCCUGCUGGGUCAAAAAACGAUGUGUUUAGGUUUUGAUCUGUUAGUAGCAUUGUAAUUCCUGCGGCCAAAACGGGAAGCUUAGUAUAAGUUAAGCGCAUGUAAAAUAUUAGGCUUAGUAAAGUGGUUAAGGCCAGGGUAGUUGCUAGAGGGAUGAGGUGGUUGGUAGUUAAUUCUUCAAGAAUUAAUCAUUUAGGUAAGAAGCCAGUUAAUAGGGCGAGUCUCCCUAAUGCUAUAAGGGUAAUUAUUGUGAUGGUGGAGAGUGUUGGAGAGAUUACUCAUAUUGUUCCAAAAUCUUUGGCGGUUUUUGCAGUUGAAGUGAUGAAAAUUAGGAACAUGGAGGUAGUUAUUAAUGGAUAAAUUAUUAAGGUUAGAAGAAGUUGUUUCUGGCAGAUAGGGGAGAUGGCAGCUAUUCAGCCUAGGAGUCCGAUUGACGAAAAUGCUAUGAUUUUUCGUAGUUGGGUUUGAUUUAGUGCAGAUCAUCCUCCAGUUAAGGUAGAGAAAAUAGCUAGUAGUAAUAAAAUUGUUGUUGUGAGUUGAUUAGAAGUUAUAUAUAGUAGAGAUAUUGGUGGUAAUUUUUGUCAUGUUGCAAUAAUUAGAGCAGUUGUUAUGCCUUGUAUGACUUCUGGGAGUCAGAAGUGUAUUGGAACCAGGCCCAAUUUUAUGGCUAGGGCAAUUGUUAAUAUAGUGGGGGUUGGUUGCAUGGUGAGUUGAGUAAUAUCUCAAAGUCCAGUGUGCUGCAUUAAGAAUGCUUGAAAAUAAAAUGAUGGAUGAGGCCAUUGCUUGAUUGAUAAAAUAUUUUGUUGCGGCUCCAGUGGCUCGUGGAUGAUGUUGUUUGGCCAGGAUUGGGAUAACGGCUAGGGUGUUUAAUUCUAGUCCAGUUCAGGCUAGAAAUCAAUGGUAGCUCCGAGGGCCAAGCUAGAAAUUAAAAUGGAUAAGAUGUAGGGGCUCAUUAGUAAAGGAAGGGUUUAACCAACAUUUUUUGGGUAUGGGCCCAAGAGCUUUGUUAGCUGACUUUACUAGAAGGUAGUAUAGUGGGAGCAGAGGGUUUUGGAGUCUCAGGUGUGGGUUCGAAUCCCAUUCUUCUAGAGGAGGUGAGGGAUUAUAAAUCCCUGUGAUUUACUCUAUCAAAGUAAUCCCUAAUUUCUCCGGCACACAUCUUGGUAACAGUUAUUAAUUUAGUGGCGGGAACCCUGAUAGUGAGAUUGGAAGUGAGAUAUACCACAAGUAUAGUGCUAGUGUGGCAGGGAGAAAUUGUUUUCAUAGGAGUGUCAGCAUCGCCCUUGAGCCAGUGCCACCAACUGGACUCAUCGACUUCAGCCCCGACUGGGCUAGGCGAGCUGGGUAGCACUUCCAGAGACCACCUUCUGCACAGGAACAGGUCAAAGUGCUGUGGACUCACAGCUUAGAGUUGUGAGCACCGGAUUCACUCCAACAAGAAGACAGUCGUCACACAGGGAGUACAGCAGAGUCUAGCAGAGGAUAUAAACAACUCGGAGAGCAGCUCUGUAGAAUAGCUUCUUUAUUCUAUAACUACAACUAUACAAACUAUAUACAGAGCUUAAUAGGUCUAAGCAUAAAUAAAUGCUGCACUGCACUGAGUGUAUGCAGCUGCUCUUAGCAGCAACCUUAUCUCUACACACGAUCUCUAACACUCAGUCUCUCUCUCUCUCCCCGACACUGACUGACUGACUCUGGUGCUGGAGCAGAAUACAGUGGUGCCUCGCAAGACGAAAAGAAUCCGUUCCGCGAGUCUCUUCGUCUUGCGGGUUUUUUCGUCUUGCGAAGCAAGCCCAUUAGAGGUUUAGCGGCUUAGCGCUACAGUAUUAGCGGCUUAGCCGGCUUAAAGAUCAGCUGAUAAGCGGCUAAGGAUCAGCUGAUAAGCGGCUUAGCAUCAGCUGUUAAGCGGCUUAAAGAUCAGCUGAUAAGCGGCUUAGCGAUCAGCUGAUAAGCGGCUUAGCCAUCAGCUGAUAAGCGGUUUAGCGGCUUGGGAAAAAGGGGGGGAAAAGGAAAAAACCCCCGCAGGAACUCGCAAGACAUUUUCGUCUUGCGAAGCAAGCACAUAGGAAAUUUGUUUUGCGAAGCACCUCCAAAACGGAAAACCCUUUCGUCUAGCGGGUUUUCCGUCUUGCGAGGCAUUCGUCUUGCGGGGCACCACUGUAAGUGGAGAGCAGAACACGCCUCCUCCUCUCUGGAGAAUCAGCAGACUCCUCAGGAGAUUCUUGGAUAUGGGAGGGGUGAAAUCUCCUCAAGGAGGUGUAUUAAUUGAUCAUAACAAAAUUGUGGGUAAGCGGCUCGAGCCCAUAAGAAUCCAGUGGUCAGUAGGGUAGUUUUUGCUAUUAGGUUAAAUGUAAAUAAUUCUGUUUCUGUGGUUAUGGUAAGUAAAGGUAAAGGGACCCCUGACCAUUAGGUCCAGUCGUGACCGACUCUGGGGUUGCGGUGCUCAUCUCGCUUUAUUGACCGAGGGAGCCGGCGAACAGCUUCCGGGUUAUGUGGCCAGCAUGACUAAGCCGCUUCUGGCGAACCAGAGCAGCACACGGAAACGCCGUUUACCUUCCCGCCAGAGCGGUACCUAUUUAUCUACUUGCACUUUGACGUGCUUUCGAACUGCUAGGUUGGCAGGAGCAGGGACUGAGCAACGGGCGCUCACCCCGUCGCGGGGAUUCAAACCGCUGACCUUCUGAUCAGCAAGUCCUAGGAUCUGUGGUUUAACCCACAGCGCCACCCAAGUCCCUGUGGUUAUGGUAGGGCUAAAGAAUAAAAUACAUGAGAGUGUGUUUAUCAUCGAAAUGUUUAUGUAUUCGGCUAGGAAGAAAAGUGCAAACGGUCCUGCUGCAUAUUCAACAUUAAACCCUGAGACAAGUUCAGAUUCCCCCCUCAGUUAAAUCAAAUGGUGCGCGAUUUGUUUCUGCUAGGGUUGAUACGAAUCAUAUUAUUGCAAGGGGUUAUGUGGGUAGGAUUAGUCAAAUGUGUUCUUGCGUAAUGAUAAGGGUGUGUAUUGAGAAGGUGCCAGUCAGUCUAAUAAUUGAAAGUGGAAUAAUGCCCAGGGUAACUUCAUAUGAGAUUGUUUGUGCAAUGGCUCGUAGGGCCCCUAUUAGGGCGUAUUUUGAGUUAGAUGCUCAUCUGGACCAUAAGAUUGUGUAGACUAUUAUGCUUAAGAGGGCAAGAAGAAAUAGAAGGCCUAAGUUUAUGUCUGCCAGGGGGUGUGGUAUUGGUAUUGGAGUUCAUAUUAUCAAAUUUUAACAAGGGUUUAAACAAAAAAUUGUAGUUGUAGACAUUCUUCAUAAAGUGUAUUGUUGACUGCGAUUAACCGAUAAUUGAUCAGUUUAGUUGAAUCUCGUUUUAGGGGUUUGGUGAGAAAUUUUUUUUGAUUAAACAAGAAAAAUUAUUGGUAGGGGGGUUUGCCAUAAAAAAGUAUAUUUUAUUUUAGUUAAAUUUUAAUGUGUAUGGUAAAAUUUAGUAUUGUAGUUAAUUUAGUUAUUGUAGAAAAAAUGUCAUUAAAAUUUUUGUUUUUUUUGUGAUGAGUAUGGAACACAGAGAGUGGUAUAUAAAAAUCUGUGUUAGAAAUUUUUAGGUAAAAAUUGUUAAAAUUUAGUUAAAAUUUGUUGAAAGUGGCUGGGGAAACUCAGCCAGAUGUAAUGGCUUGGCUCUCCCACAGAAGCGAGACACCGGCAGUAAUUAUCUCAGGUUUAUUGCUCAAACACAUAAAUCACUCUGGAGCUCCUUCACUCCGUGUCUGACUCCAAGUUAGCAGUUGCUGAGUCUAAAUUCCGCCCCUUCCUCUUCUUCCAACAGGGGAAAAAACCCUUCCGCUUCCAUUCUUUUUUCCUCCUCUCACUGACCUCCCGUUGCUCGGUCCCUGCUCCUGCCAACCUAGCCAUGACAGAGAGCUUGCGCAAGGUCCAUUGCACUGUAACUACAGGCUAGAAAUCAGAUCGGUAGGAGCACUUGAGAUGAGGUCUGAAGGGAAAGAGAAAUAAAAAAUACCAGCCGCCGGGAAAACCAGUUAUGCUAUGAGCAAGGGUACGAGGGUAACAAACCCAUUAACCAGAGCCCUUGGAAAAGGUGAGAAAGUGGUGAUGGAGAGUAGGAUGGUCCUGACCUAACAACCAGAGGCCUUGGAAAAAGUGAGAAAGUGGCACAACCUCAAGUUAUGGAUGUGAAACUAGGGAACGGGGCCUUACAUACAGGGGUUGAUGAUUCUCACGUGAGAAGCUAGAUCAAUAAAUAACCAGGUAUAAAAUACACUUCCGUAUUGAAGAGAAAUAUUUCAGGUAAUGUCUGAAUGUAAGAUUAUGGAGGGUAGUGAUUAGUGGAUAUUCAUGAGUUUGUACAGUAAUGCGCGAUAUAUAUAUAUAUAAUGUUCUUAAAUCAGAUAAACAGGAUAUAAUACCUAAAUAAUACUCGUAUGGUAUAAAAUAGCACUGGGACACUGGGACACUCCGCCCUCCUAACGUCAUUUCUCUCACUCAGUCACAGGCCACACAUUGCUUCCAACAUCUCACACACUCAAAACAUUCACUGGAGUGUCCCCACAUGCACAUUCAGAAACCCAUGCACCUCCCCCAAUCCCCUUUUUACCAAAAACCAAACCGGCAGCGCUUCACGACUUCAACCGAGGCCCAGCAGCACCUUUUACUGCUCCUUCUGGGCGAAACCAAAACCAGUGGCACUUCUUCUACCCUACUGGUGGAGCUGAUCAAACUCUCUUUGCUCCCACCUAUCCCUGUGGAGCCUUACCUUUUUCCUCGAGGUACCUUCUUUCGGCCGUUGCUUUUUCUCCGGUCCUUGCAGUGUCUCCACUCAGGAACGGGUGGCAAUUCCUCCCACGAACUUGGCAGGAUGUGCACUGUGCACGGGAACCGCGGACACCGAUCCGAGUUGUUCACAGCAGGGAUGCCUUGGACCCAUGUCCCUUAUCCUCGGGGAAUGUUGUUUUUCCCGGCCAAUGCACCAAGAAAUGUAGCCUUAUGAGGCUUUGCCCUCGGGUGGGAAAAAUAUUGCGCCCGGGAAAGGGAGAUGGGAGUCAACAGACACUCAAGGAAUAGUUUCGGAGAAAAAGCUUUAUUUCUACCAUCCAUGAACUGGUAGAAGGAGCAAGUCACAAAAAGCAUGCACAGGUUCACAGUCAUGUGCACAGAGUAUAUAUUCCCCUUCCAGUUCCCUCCCCCUUUCUCCUCCUUCUUCCAGAGUCCUGCCCAUGAGUUCCUCUGAGCAUGAACAGAAAGCUGUCUUGGGACUCUUUUGGACUCUUGGCACCCUUCCCAGGAAAGGGGGAAUGAGAGCGGUUCAUCAUGUCCAAAGAUGUUGCAACUGAAUGAGAUAAAAGUCAGUUCUCAGGCCUGCUCUGACAGAGUCUAUUCAUUAGCCUUUUUGAAGCUGUCUUGUACUGAUAAAAGAAUAACAUUUUGCCUAUGUACCAGCAUCUUGUGAGAAUCCACAGAAAAGCUGUAGCUGUGGAUUUUUAGAAGGCAGAAAGGAAUUUUGGACAGUUUUGAGGCCUGGGGUGAUUCUUGCGGGGGGGGGGGGUGACUUCGGGCCUAGGUUUGGUCACCUGUCCUCCCCUUCCUUCAGUAUUAUGUAAAGUUUAUAGGUACUAGUAUAUAUUAGGAUUGAAGGAAGGGGAGGACAGGUGACCUCACCUAGGCCCGAAGUCACCCCCCACCAAAGCAGGCUCAAAGCUUCUCAAAACUUUUCAAAAUCAUUUUCUCAGCAGCUAAGCAUCAGGAACAUUCCGCUCUGCUGUAACAAAGGUAGAGAACAGUCCAUUGUUUCUCAGGCCUUUCUCAUGUCUUCUGGCCUUGCUAAAGAACCACAUUGCAACUUGCUUUCUGUCCGGGAACCAUGCCAGAACAAGAGAUUGAAACAUAUCUGAACAUGGGCCUUCCAUUGCUGCUGGGAGUCAUGGGUGUAGUCCGAAUUGGGCAGAUUUGCCAGCGGAGGCGAGAAUUAGGCCGAAGAGUGGUAGGAGAGGCGGGUUUUUUGUUUGAAUGGUUAUUUUCUUGAAUAUUUCAAGUUGCUAGGUGUGUUGCAAGUCAGGCAAGGGCUAAUAUAAGUCCAAUAUCUCCUACAUGGUUGAAGAUAAUAGCCUAAUGGGCUGCUGUAUUAGCAUCAGGACGGGCAAAUCAUAAUUCCCACACUUUCUCAACCAACGAAUAGUUGAAAUAUAUUAUUGGCUGUGACAAGCAUUGAUAUGGCUAGUAAAAAUACUAAGAGGUAUUUGAAGAAUCGGGAUAUGUGGGGGUCUGGUGAUAUAUAUCAGCGAAUUCAAGGAUAGAUCAUGUAACGAAUAAACUAAUUGGGAUAAAUGUGAGGGGGUACGUGUGUAAGACAAGUGUCAGGGGUUCAGGGACAGAGGCACAGGGUAGGCAGGAGAUGGAGAGCGAUGGGGAUGAAUCCCAGGACAGCGAGGAAGAGGAUGACAAUGACUCAAGAGAUUCCAUGAGUCUUUCCAGCGAAUCAGAGGAUUCGCUGAAGGGGGCGCCGGAGGUCAAGGCCAGGGAAGCCCCAGGGGGGACGUGUCAGGAGAAGGUGACAAGAGGGGCAUCCCAAAGUGGCAGCUGGGCGUCAGGACCAGCCUCCCCGCCAGAGUGCAGCGAAGGGGGUGGAGGUUCCAGUGUAUCAGGGAAGCAGCUCCGGCAGCAGAGAAGGGAGGGAGGUCGGAGCAAGCCACCCCUCCCGGAAGGGAGGGAGUAGUGACGGGCGUAGUGUAACUGUCAUAUGGACGUUUAGAGGUUGGGCGCGCGCGCGAAGGUCAUCUGUGGAGGCGCGCGGAAGUACAGGGAGCCCGGAGGAGGAGCCAGGUCCCAAAGCCCGCAGGAGGGGGAAAGAGCAAUCUGGGGAUUCCGCGUCAGGGGAAUCCAGGAGGGGCGAAACCCCAGCGGGCAGGAAGACCCUGCGGAAAAGGAAAGAGAGGAAGAGGUGGAGCAGCGCAAGCCUCUUAAACUGGUGCAGGGGAGGGACUGACUCAGAGGGGACUUCAACGGUCUAAGCGUAACAGACGUGGGGCUGCGCGCCUCGGAUGUGAAGCAAACAAUGAACUCCAAUAAACACCUUUGUAUAUAAGAAGAACUUGGCGUUGGUCUUUUGUGAGCUGAGACCUGAGGCAGCCCUGACAACAAGGUUAAUAUUAAUAUCUCUAUUGGCAAUGUUAGUUCAUGUAAAAUUGGUUGUUGAGGCUUCUGUGCCAUAGUUUAUGAAAAUAGCUAGGGGGAUUAGGCUGACUUUGAAUGCCAAUUGUACAGUGGUUUUUGCGUAAAGCAUGCCUCAUCCUAUUUUGAAAGGAAUUGGGUUUAUAGUUGUGAGAACAGAGUGUGUUAGGAUAAAUAGGACUGUUAGCAUGGUUGAGUGUAGGAAGAGGUCGUGCAUUUUUACUUUUACUUGGAGUUGCACCAAGAUUUUUGGUACCUAAAACCAAUGGAUUACUACUUUCCUAUAGAAGUAAGAGGUCUAAGGACUUCAUCCUUAGUUAUGUGAGUUAGCAGUUCUAAUUGUUUAUACAGCUCUUGGUAAACAAGAAGGUGGAACCUUCUAUCUCAGUCACAGUCUAGUGUUUUUGGUAAGCUAUAUUUACAAGUGAAUAAUCCUGAAAUUAGGGUGGGUUUUAGAAUUAGAAGUCCUAGGGGUAGCAAAUGUAGGAUAAGGAUAAGAUGUUCUCGAGCAUGGGUGGGAGGGAAAAGGCGAAAUUGAUUUGAAAUGGCUUCGCGUUGGGUUAUUAAGAAUAUGUAUAAGUGGCAGUAAUGAGGGUUUCAACCCCGGUGAUGAUGAUGGUGGGGGAUGAUCAGUUAAAUAGGGCAGUAAUAAUUAAUAACUCACCAAGUAGGUUGAUUGAGGGGGGCAUGGCUGUAUUGGUUAAGUUAAUGAAUAAUCAUCAAGUUGAUAUUAAUGGGAAGGCAAGUUGUAGGCCUCGUACAAGAAGUAAAGUUUGGGGGUGCGCGCGCUCAUAAUUAGUGUUUGCUAGAGCAAAGAGGGCUGAGGAAGUUAGGCCAUGUGCAAUUAUUAGGGUUAUGACUCCGGUCAAGCCUCAUGGUGUUUGUAUAAUAAUAGCAGAGGUUACUAGGCCCAUAUGACUUAGGGAUGAGUAGGCGAUGAGAGCCUUCAGGUCUGCUUGUCGUAGGCAAAUUGAGCUAGUUAUUAGGACACACGCCAGCUACGCCCCCACCUGCUCUCUGUCCCCCGGUGCAUGAAGCUCUGCCACUGCCUGCUUGUUGGAAACAGUUCGGGAAUCUCUUUCUCUUGUACAGCGGCACCUCUUUCCAAACUACCCCCUCUAAAAAGUGGUGAAGGUCUUAUAUUUGUUGACAGAUGAAUUUUGCAGAACAUAUGCAGAGAAAUUGCACUGAAAAAGAGUGAUCGCAUGUUACAUUUGAAGGAGAAAAAGCAAAUGGCCCAGGGAAGCCAUGGCCAUAUCCUCCGAAUCUUCUGACCAUAUUCCUGUUGCUUUCAGCUCUUAAGUUUAAUCACUGGAAAUCCUGGAGUUUGUCCCCACCCCCUGAAAUGUUCUAAUGUACUUCUUAUAAUUAUUUUCCUCAGCGAGCUAUUUGAAGUGAAAGACAUCCGGAGCAUACAUCAUGUGUUCAUUGCUUUCUUCAUCAUGAUCAUUCUCAGCACCCUCAUAGUAGACUCCAUUGAUGAAGGAAGGUAGGAAAAUAUUGAAGGGAUCAGCUGGAGGUUUCUUUGUUUUUGUUUUGUUUUAGUGUUGGACUUGAGUCAUUUCAUACCUGAACCAAUGAAAAUGUAUCUGCAUGCAAAGUCUUGGAAGAUGUGGAGCCCUCCCAGUACUAACUGAAGGGCUGCAGGCUAUGCCACAAUAACUACAAUUUCCCCAUGUGCGUGUGCUUAUCCAAGGGGUCCUGGAUCUCUGUAGGGGUUGUAUCUGUCUGUAUCUCUGUGUUUGCUUUCUUGCUUUAGAGUGUUCUGUGCAGUAUAAAACCUUAAGGGUGUAUACUUAAGUUCAGUAUUUGUUUCAUAAGAUUUAUACACUGCCUGAUUCUAAAAGGAACCUCAAAGCGGUUUACGAAAGAUAAAACAAUAAAAGCAUUAAAAAAAAUCACAACCAUACUCUAAAACAUGCAAAACUUAGAAUGCUAAAACAGAUUAAAAUUACCUCAACUUUCAUUAUAGAAUUCCUUAGCUGUUACUGAUUUAACCUGAUGGAAUAUAUAUUUUAACCCAAGUAUAUGAUUUUAACUUUCUGUGUUGUUUGAAUCUCUUUUGAAGGUUGGUGGUGAAGUUUAAUCUCCUGGUCUACGUUUUUGGCAAAUCUUCUGUCGUUGCUUCCACUUGGCUUUACAUGUUCCUGUCCACCCUGACUGUGCCCUAUGGGCUCUUCCUGCUGUGGGCCCAGGGCUACCUUAGUUCCUCCCACAAGACAAUCCGCUCCGCUCUCUUUGGGGGUCUCUUCACGAUCUUCCAAAUAUUUGCGCUUGGAGUGGUUCCAACUUACAUUGUCAUUGCCUACCGUUUACCACCGGUUUCUGCUGCCAUAGUGAUCUUCGAGCAGGUGAGUUUCAUGUGGAGAGCUAGUUUCUUCUGGAUGUAGCUAAAGGUCAUUUCACAAAGCUUGAAUUAGCAAAAUGCUGCUUUAUGCCAGGAUCUGAGUCCUUAGCUAACCUGUAAUUUUGUGUACACAUUCUACUUUUGCUUCUGCCUGACUUGGGGUAAUAUUAAUGGUGACAAGUUUUCAUUUUUCCCAAGAGAUUGAACCUAAGGGUGUUACAAAUGGUCAGAUGCAAAAAGAAACACACCAUAAUUCUUAAGGUCUAGUAGGUACUUCUGUUUUCAGAUAUGCUAAUGGUUUAAACCACUAAUAACUUGCUGCAAACACCCUCUUUUUGAGCACGAUGAAGGAGAGAGCAAUGCCAGUACAACUGGAAGCAUUCUUGGAGGAUACCGAUUCUCUCGACCUCUUGCAUUCUGGGUGCAGACCUGGCUUGAGACUGAAUCUGCUUUGGUCUCACCUUCAUCAAAAGAGGGGCAAAGGAGCUUUUGAUGCUAUUGACCAUGGUAUCCUGCUGGACCAUCUCUCACUUAAUUGUAAGAUGUCAAAUACAUUUUAUCUGUUAUUCCACUCCUUUAGGUGCGCCUGCUGAUGAAAGGCUACUCUUUCAUUAGGGAGAAUAUUUCUCGAAUACUUUCCUUUACGCCACAGAAGACAAGUGAGUGACUGUUUCCUUCAAUAAUUGUACCGCUGUGGGGAUGAAGGCACCCUCCCUUCUUCCUGUUCUGAGAGUUGGGUUCUGUGACAUGGAGACAAUUCAAAGACCUGUUCUAGUUCAGAAGAAUGUGUGUAUGGGCCUCCCCAUGUUUUGCAAGAUUACCAAUACCAUGCAACUUGUCAGUCUUCUAAUGCUUAUUGGAAUAGGAGUACACAUCUUGCAAAGGAAAUAAAAGAAUCCUGGGUUUAGUAGAACAGGGGAAAGUGCUCUGACAAUUGGGGGGUUAUUUGGGGUGGGAGGGCGUUAAACCUGGGAAGACUAGAGAUGAGGGGCUUGUCACAGACUUGCCUUACUCAUUGUAAAAAAAAAAAGUAGAAUAAGAAUGGCAUACAAACCAUCUCAUUGGACUGAGAAAUUGUAUAAAUUUAUUACUGCUAAACUCAAGCAUUAAUGAACAGUUUGAGACCCAUAGAAAAUAGGAUGGAACCCUGUGGGUUUAUUUUUUACUGUGUGGCAUUAUCUGGUACUAAACGACUCUCUCCAUUCUGCUUUUUCAGACACCGUCCAAGUUCCUAAAGUUUCCCAGUACCUGUAUUUCCUCUUUGCUCCCACCCUUAUUUACAGAGAUGCCUAUCCCCGGUAAUGUCAAUGUAGUUGCUCCAUUGUGACUUGGCAGUUCUUAUAGCCAUUGUGAUGGUGAGGUUGGACAGGAUGCAUGCUUCAUAAUGGAGGGCAUAACACACAGGUUGGGAACCUCAGGCCCAGGGGGCAGGUGCAGUCCUCUGCAGUGGCGUAGCAUGGUGGGGUCACAGUCACAGUUGCCCUGAGCGCAAAAUUGUUAUGGAUGCAAAAGUUUAACACUCGGGGCAGCCUCAAUAUAACAUUCUGUCGCUGGGAUCCAUUGAAAACAGCUUCUCCAUGCGAACCAGGAGGGGCCUCUCUAGACCAUAGAACGACUCUUCUUAUGUCUCCUGGGCGAUGCGGAUAGUAUUAGGCAGUUGAAUGUGUUUCCCUCCCUCCCACCCAACCUCUCCGCACGGCCCCAGGCAACCCACGCUACACCACUGGCCUCUGAGCCUCUCUAUCUAUUGCACUACCCACUUUUGCCUCUGGCCCCAUCCACCACUGGGUCUCUAACUUAACUCAUGGUCCCGAAUUUCUAUGGGUCUUCUCUGAGUAAAGGUUAGUUGAAGACAACCAUUUGUUUCUCUGAAUUUUCCCAGAGCAGGCCUAGUAGGAUCCAAAAUGCAUUGGUUCAAUGCAUAUCUCUUUUGAGCACACUAGUACUUUUUGCUUCUGGUUCCAAUGACAGGUGCUGAGUCUGACCAUUUUGGCUUUAAGAUAUUCCACUGUUCAUGGGUUUUGAUGGGGUUUUUAUAUAUAAGGUUCUAGAGUUCCUUUGUAGCAGUUGCUGUGUUAUACAGGGUUGUCUUUCUAUUUUCCAUGGUAUUCCACAUUCUCCAAUCUGUAUAUCCUAUUGCCCUCAACUACUACUUUCCUUCUUUAUGCAAAAUAAUGAACUGUUAAAAAAAUAAUAGUGCAGCUGCACAUUUAGUAAAGCAUGCCAUCUGAGCAAAAUCAUAACUAGCAAACAGACUUUCUUACUUUAAAUAUUUGCUGUUCUGGAAUAGAAAUUGGAUUGUGUUUACUGCAGACUACAUCAGCUUUGCUGUUAUUAUUUCUUUUGCACUUAUUAGUUGCUUUUAUUAUUGAAAGUAACUCAAAGUGAUUUGCUGUCUAGCAGUUGUUUGUAAAAUUCUCGCAAAUUAGGUUUCAGUUGAUGCCAAGCAAGUUCUUAUCUUGAUUUAGGUGUAAUGACUGUGAUUUCCUUUUCUUUUCAGAAAUCCUACAAUAAGGUGGAGCUAUGUAGCUACCAUGUUUGCAGAGGUUAGAUAUUUCUGUUCCUUUGGGGAUUCCUGUGUUUCUGCAGAUAAUUAUACAGCCUUGAAAGCUGAUAAGAGUUAAUGGUUCAUAAAAAUAUGUACUAGCUUACUGGAGUGCACAAGCCUGUAUUACUUAUUUUUAUUUUGGCAUUAAAAAAAUAGACACAAUGCUUUCUGAAGCUUCCAUGCCUGUUCACCUGGAAUUGCAUCCUAUUCCCUUAGAUUUGGAUCACUGAAUGAAUAAUUACCCCUAAACUAAUGACAAACACACCUUCCCAUUGUAAGAUAAAUAAAACAGUUUCACUUCUCAGGAUACAAUAGUACUAAAUGACAAGCCUUCCUAAACCGACUUUUAACCGAUGCCUGUGUGAUAGUCCUCUUAUCAUCUGUAAACAUUUUCCAGAGUUUAGGAAAUUAUGAACAGUGCAGCAAUCUGUAUAGUGUAUUUUUAUUUUGCCGAGUGAAGCAGAUCAGCUAAUUUCAAGCACGGUCGUAUUUCUCAAAUGGAGAUGUAGUCCUUCCCUGGGCUGGGCUAGCCGUGCAGUGUCACAUAUCCUAAAAGUUCAAAGGACAAUCUUGGAUAAAAAGACUACUCUACUCGUGGGACCUGCUCCUUGCAGGACAAUGAAACCGCUCCCACGGCAGCUGCUGUCGGUAAAUCAGGUGUUCCACCUGGGCCCCUCCACAUAUACACAUGCCAGCAGCGCACCUACCCAGGCCUCCCAACUGCUGGCAUAGUAAUUCUGCACAUGGUGGAGCCCACGUUGUAGCCCCCCUCCCCAUCAUUCAGUUUGUACAAACUUCACACACACUCACACUCACACUCACACACUACAUAUGCUACACUUCUGUUAUAAAUUCAUAGAAAAUCAACCAUACAUCGGAUUUGCACUGUUCCACUUUUAUUUUACUCCAUGAAGUAAGGACUACAAAAUGGGGAAGGUUUGAUACAGGCCAGCCCAGCACAUCCACAGGAGCCCUGCCCAGUUGCUAUGCCAACCCUGAUGGUCCUAGACAGAAGACAAUCAAGAUCACAAAGAACUUGCAUAUGGGAGUGUAUUCAGCAUGGACUGGAACAAAGGACAAUGAUCAGAUCUUCCCUCAGGGGGCAGGAAACUGCGACUACCUUUUGUCUUCAGAAAAUGACUCAUGGGGAGGAGGAGAAGGGAACCAGCCAGGUGACAGGACACUCAGGUUACCACCACAACUCCUCCCUCAACCUCUCCUUUCUGUAAUGUAUGCAUGAUGUUUCUGGGGUGGGCUUGACCUACAAGAUGGGAAUUUCAAAAGUUUUUAUAAGGUCUUGCACACCAUUUUCUGUGUCUUUUCCUCUCUCCUGCAAGUGAGGGGAACACCCUGUUGCAACAGUUCAAUAAAGGCCAAGCCUACAGGCUGCUGAUUUGCUGCAAUUUACUCUGGUUGGUGUCUUUACUUUUUGUCCAAGGGAGCCCUCGGAUUUUUCUGGUAACAACGUGGAAUGCCGUUUAUCUGAAAGAAGCACGGACUAUCGUAGUGGCACUGAAACCUUUGGUCAGCUGUUAUCUACGGCUGCAUACACACCGGACAUUCAAAGCACCUGGCUCCUCCCACAAAGAAUCUUGGGAACUGCAGUUUAUUAAGGGUGCUGGGAAUUAGAGCUCGGGGGUGGUGGUUAAAGUGCAUGUCUGAGGAUUCUUUGGGGAAUGUCAUGUGCGUUAAAUGUAUGAUGUUUACUUAGCUUAGAUCUGUGCAUAUUGGUAACUGGGAUCAGCUUUCUCUCUUACGGAUUCCUCCUGUGCUACUUUUAUAAUCAGGGGCUUUUGUUUUUACUCCUGUCUAGGCCCUUGCGUCACUCUUCUAUUUGCACUAUAUAAUUGAAAUAUACACCUAUCCUGCAUUUCGAAAAUAUGGUGGAGAGCACUUUAAUGUACGAGGGCUGGCCCUUUUCAUCUUGAACACCAUGCUUCCAAGUGAGUGCUUUUGGGUAUCACCCUGGCCCCUUUUAAUUCUGGGAUUUUUCUAAGCAACAAAUAAAUAAUCAGAUACAGUGGUGAUAUUGGCAACAACUGGCAGUGUAUGGCCUGUUGGAUAUAUGAUCUUAGCUUUGUGGUUCCCUGACUUGUAGGAUUCCUGAAAACCUGUUACUGGGGCAACAGCUGAAGCUGAGCGUGAAUCUCACUGUUCUGAGAGAGAACAUGGGAAGUUGCCUUACACUGAUCAGACCACUGGCCCAUCUAGCUCAGGGUCGUCCACACUGACCAGGAGUGGAUCUCCAGGGUUUCCAGACAGGGAACUUUUCCUGGCUCUACCUGGAGAUGCUGCAGAUUGACCUUUUGCAUGCGCUCACUACCACUGAGCUACUGCUCUUCUCUCUGAACACCUUUUGCAGUAUGUUCCUUAGUAACAUCAGUCCUGGUAGACUGGAGAAGGUGCGAUGCUGCUUCAUCCAACUCUGUUUUUUAGUUGGGGAUGCAAGCAGUUGAUAGUUUCUGGACUCAGUUCAAAGUGCUGGUUUUGACCUAUAAAUCCUCAUGUGGCUCAGGACCCCAACACCAGAAGGGCUUCCUCUCUGCUGGUGAACCAGCCUGGUCACUGCAUAAAUAUCUUAGGGAGGAGUGGAGGGUGGAACAUGGAAACGGACCCUUUUAGCGGUGGCUCCCUACUUGUAGAACGCGGUCCCCAGGGAAGAGUGCCUGGCUCCAUCAUUGUCUGUUUUAGAUGCCAGUCAAAAAACAGACAAUGGUUCCUAAUGGAAGGGUAAUCAGUUAUUUACAUGGUCAUUGUCAAGCGAGGGGCCAAAAUCACUCCCCAGGUUCAUCCCAGGUAGGGCAUUAAAUAAGAAAUUCAACCAAGGAUUCCAGCAACACAGUACCCUUUUAUUAACUUUACUGCAGUCAAGGACAGUUCGCUAAAAUGGUGGGUACUGUACUGAUCACAGGUUUCAAUACACUUUUAUAUUCUUUCACAUACAGUUUACAUCACGCUAAAUAUAUAACGAGUUCUACGUUGUCCAUUAUGCAUUAGCGAUGACAUGACAUCCUCAUGGUCUGGUCAUGACCUCCAUGCUCUGGUCAAGACCCCCUUACAAGUCAUCACUUAGUACAACAAACUAACCUCAGACCAGAACAGCCAAGUCAAACAAUAAACAGAUGACACAAAAGUAAAUCUUUAACUCAAACAGCAGAUUCUUUAUCCUUGGUUCUAGUCUAUAUAGUCUGAUAUUGGUAAAGGACUUUAUAUACCUUCUAUUUACAUAUGCAGGUAUAUAAAGGUUCAAGCUAACUAAUACUUUACCAAAUAUGACUAAAGCAACAGAAUUAUCUAAAACAUUAACAAUUUUUAAAUAAUACUUUUAUUAAAUUUCUGAACAUUUUACACAUAACAUUCCAAUGCAUUUUUAAAAAGGGAUCUCUUUUCUGUUCUUGACUUCUCAGCCCAUUUUCUGUGAUGUUUUCCUUAUCCCCCCCCUUUGCUGCAGCCUAUUGUCACUCAUUUAUCAUAAUCAUAACACAAUAGGCUCUAAUUUUUUCUGUUGCUCUUAGCUGAAAACCUAGCUGUAGUUACAUACAUAAACAACUUAACCAUCCUUUUUUGGAAUUUCUAACCAUAUAACCCCUAGCAGAAAGGCUCCAGUGUUUGUUUGCUUUUUUGUUUUUGGUAAACUCCUUUUUUAUCUUUUAAAUUCCUCAUGGAGUCCCCCCCCCCCCCCCCGAGAGAUGGGAAAGUCUGCUUGCUCAGUUCGUGGCCUGAAAACAGAAGCACAACAUUAUACGUCUUCUAUUUAUAUAUAUAAAGGUUCAAGCUAACUAAUACUUUAGCAAAUAUGACCAAAGCAACUAAAAUACAUAGCUUUACAUUUACACACUAACAGUCUUUAAUGAUUUUUAUUGCUAGGCCCAUUUCUUAUCCUUGCUAGCUUAUUUGCUGCCAUUUGCCCCUCACAGAGCUUUUGCAGUACAGUAUAUGUGGCAUAUACGCAGGUGGCGCUGUGGGUAAAACCUCAGUGCCUAGGACUUGCUGAUCGUAAGGUCGGUGGUUCGCAUCCCCGUGGCCGGGUGAGCUCCCGUCGUUCGGUCCCAGCUCCUGCCGACCUAGCAGUUCGAAAGCACCCCUAAGUGCAAGUAGAUAAAUAGGUACCGCUUUAUAGCGGGAAGGUAAAUGGCGUUUCCGUGUGCGGCGCUGGUGCUGGCUCGCCAGCUGCAGCUUCGUCACGCUGGCCACGUGACCCGGAGGUGUCUUCGGACGGCGCCGGCUCCUGGCCUCUUAAGCGAGAUGAGCGCGCAACCCUAGAGUCGGACACGACUGGCCCGGGCAGGGGUACCUUUAUAUGUGGCAUAAGAUCAACAAACCUUUGCCCAACACUAUAUUAGCAAAUGGCCAAGAGCAAACAUCCUCAGAUAUUGUCCUAAGCAAGGUCAAUCAAUACUUUCAUUGCUUCUAAUUCAAGUGUCUGCUAUUCUAGAGCCUUUAUGGAAACUUGGGGAGCAAUACAGAGGGGGGAGGGCAAGCCAUUUCCCCCUCCACAUGAAUGAAAUAAAUUAGCCAGAAAUACAUGUUUUCUUCAUUGCUCCACAGGUGCAUUGGUGACAUUAAUCUUAUAUUAUUUACUCCACUGCUGGCUGAAUGCUUUUGCUGAGAUGCUGCGCUUUGCUGACAGAAUGUUCUACAAGGUAAUUGAUGUGCAAGGCUCAUGAUAUCUCUCUCUCACACACACACAUGCACGAAACACAACACGCACAGAAGUAUUUGCUUUCAGUUUUAGAGUGUACCUUGGUUCGUGGAACGCUCCAUUUGUGUGUGUCAUUUUGCCAUUGAUGAGGUUCCUCCUGCCUAAAGAGGCCGAUCAGAUACCAUCAGUUUUCUGGACAACCUGUUAAUACAUUCCUUUACCUCUGGUGAAAAAGGGAACCUGUGCCUUUUUUUCUGUUGACAUUCCUGAUUCAAAAGCAUUUGUUGCUAUGUGUUGUGUUACUGGGCUUUUUGGAUAGAAUUUUAACCUUGCUGUGACUUUUAAACAAAUGUAAAUAGUUUUGGGUAUGGCAUCAUGGAAGAAAAGUAUGUCCACUCUAUAAAUAGCAGAACUCACCUGCAGCCUUCUUUUAGUGUUGUCAUAUACUGGCGCCUUUAUUUUAUUUAUUUUAUAAUUUUUUUAUUGAUUUUCACAAAAUUAUAAACAAAACAAAUAAACAAACAAACAUGGAUCAUAAUCUUAUUAAAAUUACACUUAUUAACAUGGUUAAGUGACUUCCUCGCUUCCCCUUGGUUGAAUUUCCAUGCACUUCCUUUUAAUGGUUUUCCAAAUCAAAGUUCUUAUGAAAUUUAACUAAAACAUUAACAUCCUUAUAUCUUUUAAUUUUAAAAUUAAACAUAUUGAUUCAUCACUUAACUUAUAUGAAAUCCUAAGCCAAUUAAAUAUCUGCAAGCUAUUUCCAAUUAAUUUAAUUUUACAUAUUUAACUAAAUAAUCAUUAAAUUUUGUCCAUUCUUCCUGAUACUCCUCCUCCUUCUGGUCGCAGACUCUUCCAGUUAGGUCGGCCAGCUCUGAAAACUCCAUCACCUUCAUCUGCCAUUCUUCCACCGUAGGAAAUUCUUGCGUUUUCCACUUUUUUGCAAAUGAAAUUUGAGUGGCAGUUGUGGCAUACAAAAAUAAUUUAACAUCUUUCUGGGGCAAUUCCAAACCUGUUAUUCCAAGAAGAAAGGCCUCUGGUUUCUUUAUAAAUGUAUAUUUCAACAUUAUUUUUUUUAAUUCAUUAUAAAUCUUUUCCCAGAAGUCUUUCACCUUGGGACAGGUCCACCACAUGUGAUAAAAAGUUCCUUCUUUUUCUUUACAUCUCCAGCAUAAAUUAUCACAAAUAUGAUAUAUCUUUGCUAAUUUAACAGGGGUCAAAUACCAUCUAUACAUCAUUUUCAUUAUAUUCUCCUUUAACAUUGUACAUGCAGUGAACUUAACUCCUUUCUUCCACAAUCUUUCCCAAUCCUCAAACAUUAUGUUAUGUCCUACAUCUCUUGCCCAAUCUAUCAUUACUGAUUUAACUUGUUCAUCCGUUGUAUGCCACUCCAACAGUAACUUAUACAUUUUAGACAGAUUUUUCCCCCCAGAUAAAUUUUUAUUAUUUUCUUCAUAUUAUCUUUUUAAACUUUUAUUGGCAAUUUUAAUGCCUUAUGUAUAAUGCUCAGAGGUUCUAUUUGUAGUCAAGCAGUAUAUAUAUACAUGUUGUUAAAUAAAUGAAUAAUUCCAAGGGAUCAUACAAAUGCGUGUUCUGAUCCUGCUGCUGCUUCCACUUGGGGCCAUUAAUGAUUAGUUUGAGCAGUUUAGAGGACAGUGAUAGAAAAGGCCUCUGAAUUUCAACUACCUUCUAUAUUUCUCUUUUCUGAAUGUGGUUUGCAGGUUGCCCCCCCCCCUACAUUGAAUUACUGUUCAUGUAGAGAAAAUGUCACAUUUGAAUUAGCUCUGAUCAUUUUGGAUCUGAGCCUUGGAGACCUAGUGUAGCUACAAAUACUGGGACACCAGUGACUUAUUCUCAGGGUGGCUGUUUGGGAAGGAGGAGGUUAGGAUUUAAUGCCUGCAAAUGAGCUCUUGGGGAAUUUCAGUUAUACAUUGCAACAGUACACCAGAUGUUCACAGAGAUUGUAUUGCCAAUUGCUCUAAAACACUUGAAUAGCAGGAAUGCACUUGGCACUUUGAUCCUGCAGUUUUAAACACUGACUCUAAGGUCUCUGCUCUUUUUACUUCCCUGAUCCUCUCUUGCAGGACUGGUGGAAUUCUACAUCUUAUGCAAGGUAUUACCGAACAUGGAAUGUGGUGGUGCAUGACUGGCUGUAUUACUAUGCAUACAGAGAUGUCCUUUGGGUAAGCAACCAUCUUUUAAUGCACCCCCUUGCUUCAGCUCUAAAAGAAAGCCAUUUUUUAAAAGGAAUGGCAGAGAUCUUUACAUUUCCCCCACAAAAUGAUUUUAUUAAAGUUCUAAUGUAAAGGUGAAUUACACAACAUGUAAAAUACCUAGUCACUUUACCCAUACAGAGAUCUGACAGAAGGUGGAAAGAGAGAAGCUUGUACUUAUGCAGUCUGGUUUGUAUCCAGUAUUUGGGAAGUCACUUUUUUUUUUUACCAGUCUACCACCAAUUUCACCCCUCUAUGCCGUAUCCCACACUGUUCCAGCUCUCACGUUAAGUGUUUGUGGGGCUCCAUUGAGUAGGAGGGAUCAGCAAAAAUGAGCUGCCCUGCCUUGUGCAAGUAAAAGUCCUUUUGACAGAGCAAGGCCACCACUGGAGACAACCCUCCCUGUGCAAUAAAUGUGAAUGGGCAAUUUAAGGGUGGUUAUCACAAGCUGUUCACUGUUGUUUUUGAAAAUUGGAUAUCGUCUGAUACAUUCACCUAUCAGAGAGUCACCCUUCCCCUUGUUUGUCUGUGUCUCUCUCUCACCACCAGUUAUUUGGGAAGAAAUUCAAAGCAGUCGCUAUGCUGUCAGUCUUCACUCUUUCCGCUGUUGUGCAUGAAUACAUCCUGGUGAUGACCUUGGGUUUCUUCUAUCCAGUAUUAUUGUUCGUCUACAUGUGUUUUGGAUGUAAGUACCAAAUAUAACAGGGGAUGCGGGUGGCGCUGUGGUCUAAACCACAGAGCCUAGGGCUUGCUGAUCAGAAGGUCGGCAGUUCGAAUCCCCGCGAUGGGGUGAGCUCCCAUUGCUCGGUCCCUGCUCCUGCCAACCUAGCUGUUCAAAAGCACAUCAAACUGCAAGUAGAUAAAUAGGUAAGGUACCACUCUGGCGGGAAGGUAAACGGCAUUUCUGUGUGCUGCUCUGGUUCGCCAGAAGUGGCUUAGUCAAGCUGGCCACAUGACCCGGAAGCUGUACGCCGGCUCCCUCGGCCUAUAGAGCAGGAUGAGCGUGCAACCCCAGAGUCGUCCGUGACUGGACCUAACGGUCAGGGGUCCCUUUAGUUUACCUUACCAAAUAUACCUCCCGGCAGCAGCAGUUUCUGUAAAUUCUGAGGAUUAGCUUUUAGUUGCCAUCUGUACUUAAUGUUCUAAGAUGCAAGGGGCUUGUGUUGCAGCCUGCCUUACCAUUUGCUCCCUCUAAACCUAGAAGCCUCUCCUGACCCUAGUUAAAUCUCCAUUUUCUGAGACUGAUCAUGGCCAGAGUAGGAGAGAGGGCUUCCUUGGCUUGGCUGAGGAAGAAGUUCUGAUAAUGCUCCAAACUGUAAUAUGCGGCUUUCUCAAAGACUUCUGAGAUGAUCCUUGCUUUGGAGGUGUAAUAAAUAUAGGGGUUGCUCGUGCAUAAGUUGCCGCCACUCCUGGCUAGGUUGCCUUGUUAAACCUUUUCUGUCUGGACAGCCCUUCACUUCGUGGCUGUUUCAGUCGCUAGCAGAAUCCGUCAGUGGGCGUUUCUUAAACCUUUUCCAGCAUAAAAGCUGUUUGACGCCAAGUCUCCUCCUACUCUCCCUGCGCGGAAGUCUUCUGCGCAGGGAGGGUGUGGGUAGCGGAGGACCCGUGCUCUCCCCGCUGGUCUUCGGCGAGGAGUCCUGGAGCCCCCUCGCCGAUUCCCCCAUCUCCCUGGUGUUACGCUGAUUUCCUUCCCCAGCUGAUGAGCUGCCUCUCUCCCUGCUGGGCCCUUCUCCAGCAUCGCUUGGGAGCCUUGCCUCCGCCUCUAGCUCCAAUGUCAGUUCCCUGACAGGAGGUCUUCAGCUUGCAACCUGAAAAGAGGUGCCCUUUCCCCCUGCUUGACACUGGCAGUAUCAACCAUCUGUCAUGGUGGACAAGUAUUUCUCCUAUCAUAUAGCCAACUUUGUUUCAUAUGAGUAGGUGGCCCACUGAUUUUUCUGUGUGAUUUAAAGGGAAAGCCCUGUCUCUUUUCCACUGAAACUCCUAAAAACCAUUGAGAGCCAUUUAUUUCUAUGGAAAGAGGUACAACGUGUCAUAGUGAUACGGACACUUUGCUAAUUGGGGAUCAAGGAAAGAAUGCUGCUGGUGUCCUUAACAGGAAUUUUGAGUGCAUUUUAAUUUUCUUCCGUCAGCGCUUUUCAACUUCAUUCUCAGCGACCGUCGGAAAGGCCCCAUUUGGAAUGUGAUCCUGUGGCUUACGCUUGGGCUUGGUAUAACUAUGAUACAGUACCUCUACAGCCUGGAAUGGAACGCCCAUCAGCACUGCCCUUUGAAAAAUGUGAGUAUCCCACUUGUCAUCGGAAAUAAGAGGAACAGAGCUGAGCUGCUAUUCUGGACUUCAUUCAAGGCCUAAGAUGUGAACGUAAAAUUCGAAAACCAGAUUUUUAGAAGGUUGCAUUCUGCCCAGAAUAGCUACCGUAGAGGUUUCUUUCUAACAAGAAUAACAAGCAGCAGGGUCAGAAAAAAACACCUUUGAAACUUCCUCCAUGUCUUUUUAUAUGAAUAAUGUAAAGCUCUGAGCUAGUUUCUGCCCUUCUGGAGAGGAUGGAAGGCGGCAGUAAAGAAGGGAGGGAGAGGAAGGUAAUGGAAAAGAGUGAAAGGCCUUAGUGGAGCACAGUGGUUUCUUUAUUCUACUUGCUGUGUUCUCUGAUUCAACUGCCACCUUUGGAACUCCUGGGUUCAAACAGAGAAAAUUCACUACAUCUUUGCCGCAUUUAAUAUGCGGUGCCCACUACCUUUCCUUAUUUAAUAUGUAGUGCCAGAUCAGCCCACAUGCAUAUGCAUAACCCCCUGGGGCUGGUUCUUGGACUGUCGAGGCCUCAUAGUAGCUGGAGCCAAGUAGGAUUGUAGUUUCAGGAUUACAGACAGCAGUUCUGCUUGACCUGGAAGAUCUGCCAUUCCGAGAGUUAAAGUGUCUGGGUGAAGCUGACCCAAAGAAAAGCCAAUUUGGGGGUCUUACAGGGAAAGGCAAGCCUUUCCCCACCCCCACCCCACUUCUAAUUGCCUAGAUUGGCUGUUGCAAGUUGGGUGGCCGCCCAGGCUUGAGAGACAGCAAAGUAAAACACUUUGGUUUCAUCACUGGCAUUUGUUCACAUGGCUAACGGAUAACUCUACAGAAGUGAAAGUGCCCAGCAUUUCCUGCCUAACAUUACUCUUCCUCUUGUGUUUUAUAGCCUACUUUUCUUGACUAUGUGAAACCGCGUUCCUGGACUUGCAAUCUUAAGGUCUGACACCCUUUGGGAUAUCCCUCCGCGUCAAGGCCAGAAGAUGCUUGUCUUUUAAACAAUGACAACAAGUUGGGUUAGCGUGUUAAAACGACUGCAGACUUUUUAAAGGGAAACUGUCUUUAGCUAUGGCAAAAGUGGGUGGUGUCUGCUACUAAGGGCUGUAUCAUUCCCAUUUUAACCAGAACCAGUGUCUUCAGGGGUUCCUGCUCUCUAGCUAAGGACCCAAGCGGACCUGAUGCUGUUUAUGCAAUUAGUUCUUAUGAAAAUAAGUAGCAUCUGUCGAGCCCCAAUGUGGAUUGGAAUUGAGGCAUAGGGCUGAGGAGCUUUAACAAUAGGCUGCCAGUUUUGAUCAGGGGGAUCCCCACAGUGCUAUGUGGAUUAAAUUUUUAUAAGCAGCAAAAUGCUGCCUUUUGCUACAUGUCCAGUUUAAGUUUCUUGCAUUCCUCACUUAGGAUUACUGCAGUGAUUUGGAGGGCAAAUGCAGUUUGUGUUGAAGAACCUAGAGAGUGUGUUGGCUUGCAAUGAUCAUGCUGCUCCACUGAAAACGCUGGUUUACUUUGUGAGACAGCCUUGGGUGGGUGGUGUGCUUAGAGCUACAGAAGGAGGGACUAUGUCAUUGUGAAAAACAAUACCCCUAUAUUGCUGACUGCUCACUGUGUAGUCUAUAAUCUGGAGCUUUUCUCUCAGCCGCCCUAAAGCGCAUUUCUGACAUGUUCUAAGAGUGUAAAGGGGGGGGGGGAGGGCUAUAUAAUAGCGUAGGCACAUAGGGGAAAUGCAAGUUUUUGGGUGUUCUUGAGCUGCUGUCCUUUGUAUUGUCCUAAAUUUGGUGCCCUAGUAAAUUCUAGGUGCUGGCGGCUUUUCUCAUGUCAUCUAACUGCAGCAAAAAAUAAAAAGAAACUUAAUUCUGAUUUAUACUGCAGAAAACAGCUUACGUGAUAAGUGUGCUAAUUUUAAUCAGUACUUUGAUAUGACCCAAGUGUAUUGCCAUUUAGCUAAGCCAUGUGUUCCAGGUUUAUUUGACUAAGGUGGGUGUGUCAUUGAUAAUUUUUGUGGAUUUUGGGGGAAGUGCCACCUGGAUUGAAUAUUAUGAACAGUAGUUUCAAGAUGCCAAACGUCAAGUACAGUAUUUAAUCUAGUUCAAAACUUAAAAAUGCACUGAAACAGUAUCCACUUUUGGAAAAAGAUGAGGAAAUAUGAGCAUCUGAAUUUGGAUCAACUCCCUUUGUAAGCUCUGAAGGAGUCUGAUAAGUACCCUUCACACACACAGUUUUUAGAGGCUACUCACUUGCAGGUUCUAGAUAGAGGUGUGAGAGAGAUUUCUGUUCCUAGAACAUUACAAACUAUAUGUGCAGAUUGUAGUAUUGCUAAAUCAGUGUUAACAUGGUUGACUCAUCCAUUCCAAAAAGCUUUUUGCUUUUGUUUUUAAAUUGUCUAUGAUGGCACUGUAAUUGUCAUUAUAAGAUGGCCGGGAUCCACCCAAAGAAUUUUCAUCACAUUGUGUCCUUUUCUGCUGCUUGUUUAAAGAGAACCUCCCCCAAACCUCCAUCUUCAGAAUAUAAUUUGAGAAUUUUAUCAAAUAAAUCCUGUUGUCUUUGGGAAAUAUGUGUACUUUUUUCUAAGGGGGACGUGUGGGAAGAUCAGUAUACUAAUUGUAAUCAACCUCAUGCUUUGGGACUGAAUCUGUGAAUGUAAACUGAAUGGGCACAACAUGGUUGCAAAUCUCUUGCGAAUGAUCUACACAACUGAUUGUAACCUUUGUACCUCUGCGACGAGGCAUCCUGUUAACCUGGAAGGUGCUGGAUUGCAAGGCUGUAGUUUUCCUCUUUCUCAGAGUGAGCAAUGAAAAAAUUUUCUUGCACAGAUGGUGGUGAGAAGAGGACAAACUGUACCUGACACUGAAAUGGUCUUCCCAAGCCUCACUUGCAUCUUUUGUAAUAUGGAGAACAUUGUGGGUCAGGGAAGGUUGUUGAUGGUGGGAUAUAGAAUUGUUAACCGAUUCCAAAAUGUAUCGAACUGUCUGUUGUGACCUAUUCUGUUACUUGCAAGGGAUUAUGUGAUCUAUACUGUACUACAGAAAUUGAAAUAUAUUUUGCUAUCCAUGAAAC